AUGGGCAUGGUCGACCAUAAUUUCUCCACAGUCCCUCCAGCAGCAGAGCCACUUGAACGUUCUAGCACCACCAUCACCACUGUGGAGGAACAAGAGGAAACCUACUACACUGGUGUCCAGUUACCACAGAAAACAAAAACACUUGAACUCAAGCCAGAGUCCAAACGCUACUCUUCCACUUUAGAGAAGAAAAAAGAAAAGCCAGUUUUCCUCAGCCAGCUCGCCCCAGCAGCUGUAACCACUGGGGAGACAGCCAGGUUUACCGUCAGGGUGUCCGGCCUUCCAAAGCCAACUGUUCAAUGGUCUCACAACGGAAGAGUGAUUAAGAGCUCCUCUGUAUACAAACUGAUAGAGGAGAAGGAGGAGUACACGUUAGUGAUCACCCGGGUCACCUCUGAGUAUGAGGGAGAGUACUCUUGCACUGCCUCCAACAGAUUUGGCCAGACAACAUGCACCACAUAUCUCGAAGUGAAAAAGCCUGAUGUUAGCCAGGCAGAGAAAUGGGUUGAGAAGAUGUUUAAGAUCACAGGUCAACCUCCUACAUUCACAGUUCAGAUCCAACCUGCGAGGUGCUCAGAGGGAGGAGAGGUUUCUUUUAAUUACAAAGCCAGUGGUGAUCCAUUCCCUGAUGUGAAGUGGUUCAAAGGGGCUUUCCAGAUCCAGCCCAGUAGAAACUGUAUCAUUAUAGCCAACAGAGAUGGAUCUGGUGUCAUCAAUAUUAAGAAUGUCAAACAGGAAGACAGUGGCCUGUACACAUGUAAGGCCUCCAACCAGUUUGGGGAGGCGUCUUGUAGCGCUGAGCUUGUUGUGUUCAAGGAAUCAGUCUCUGUUUCUCAAAAACAGGAGCAGGUGACAAUGGUUCAGAAGAAAGGCUAUAAGGUUUCAGUGACUGAACAGGCAACUGAGUCUCGGUUGUACCAGGUCAGCCUUCCAGGACAGGACAGAUCGAGGUCAGAUCAGAUGGUUUACACCAUCGGAACUGAAGACAGGCAGAUUAUUCCAAGUGAGCAAGUGGGCUCCAUUAGAGAACUAGAUAUCUCUGCUGCAACGAUUCACCGUGAGCAGGUGACCCACCAGGCAGCAGUGCUUCAGUCUCAUGAGAUAGAGGAGAGGGUGUCUGUGGUUCCUACCCACCCGCCUCGGGUUUCGGCUGUUCCUGGGAAACAGCUUCACAUGGCAGCUUUUACAUCAUCUGUCGAAGAGAGUCAGGACUUUACAGAGCAGCACUGUGAUCGCAUUCAAAGCCCUGAGGUCAUUGAACUUCAGGCAGCUAAAGAAAAGAGAUCAAUGACAAUGUCAGCUGUUGCUGAGGAGCUCACCCCAAUUUCUACUGUUAGCACAGAGCCUCUGGCUGACAGGAAAUCUGCUAAAAUCAAGCCCAAGUCAGAACCUAAACAUCUAGUCAGUGGGCAUCAGGUCGAGUCACAAUAUCCCAUCCUAAAAGAGCAGUCUCAGGAUAUCCCCAAAGCAGAGGAGGAGAAGGGUUAUAAGGUCAAGGAGGGGGUUAAGAUUUUAUACUCAGCCCAGUCUACAGAGAAGCGGGUGCUUGCAGAGGGCCACACAACUGAACUGGCAACCGCAGAUUCAGCUUUGAAAUCUUCUGUUGGAAAAGAGCAGCACCGACCUGUCCUGGCAUCGGUCAGUGAGACUAAACACACUCUUUCCAAGGAGACCAAGUUCUCCAUGCACAGGCCCUCUGAGGAGACGGCCCAUCUCUGUAAGGAUAAAGUAAUGAAGGCAGCUCUAACUGCUGAGGAGAAGCGAAUGCUGCAGGCUGAGCCCACUGAGCAGCUGCCAAGUCUGGACAGCGCCAUGUCCAUUCAGUCACAAGUAGAAGGAGAGCAGCUGUUGCACCUGCAGGUUAUCACAGACCAGGACCUCCUUCCAUCUGAGAAGAGCUUCAGCUGUGAGAAACCAGCACCAGAGCAGGCAGGAUCCAGGAAGAGUCCCACUCUACUGCACUCUGUCAGCCAGGACGAGCAGAGGACAGUCGUUUGUGAGGACACAUCAGAGUUUGAGGCCAAGGCUAGCACCAUGACCAUCCAGCCCCAGAAAGUGUCCCCUAAUCUGCUGCAUCUCCAGUCAACCCAACCUGUGGAGGCACUGCUCAAAGAGGAUAUCCUCAUAAUUGAGAAGCCUGACCAGCAGGUGGCGGCACAGAAACAAGAAAAGACGAGGAGUCAUGCAGCCACCUCAGAGGAGAGAAGGGAGCUCACAGCAGAUUAUCACACAGAACUGGAUUUGUCCGUGACUGGCGUUCAGUCUCAGCUUCGAACUGAGCCCAGGCCUCAGAACAUCCUCCAGCUCUCCUUCCAGCCCAUGCAGCUGCCAAAGGAGACGCCGGUUACCACUGACGUCAAGCAGCAGCGAGCUUUGGUGCAGAAGGAGGAUCGCUUGAACGUGAUGCAUGUCACUAGUGUGACAGACAGUCGGGCCUUAGAAGAGGGUCACACUGAGAGUCUGACAGCCGUGGACAAAUUCACCUGCCAGAUGGCUGUGGAGCCAAAACUUCCCACCGAGCCAAUCCAGGUUGAGGAGAAGGAAAUCUCCACUGAGAGUAGUGUCCUUCUAGAGGCAGCAGAGCAGGACUUUGCUGUCCAGAUCCAGGAAGGCCAGUCAGUCAGGCAGUCCAUAGUGAUGGACGAGAAGCGAGUGAUGAUGGGUGAAUUCUCUCAGGAGAUCACCAAAUCUGAGUCCACUAAAGUUGUUGCCACCACACAGCCGAAACUGGCUCUUAUGGCAUCAGAAUCCAAAGAGAGUACGACUCUACCCAAAGAGAUGACUUUUGUGAUUCAGAUCCCGAAACCAUUCAGUCUGAAUAUACGGCGUCAGCUCAGGGACGCUCUUCAGUCUGCUGUGGCCAGUGACCAGCCAGUGUUACUGGCUGAUGUUGUUGGAAAGUUACAUGCUGUAGAUGUACAGGAAGUCAAGGUUCAAAGAGAGCCCAAGCGGUCCAUGUUUACAUACCUGGUCACGACGACAGGUGCCCCCAUGGAGAUCACUCUGGCUUUUGAGGGUAAAUACCCUCAGACAGCUGACCUCAGGACUGAACUCCGGUCAGCUUUCCACUCCAUAGUGUACCAAGAGGCUCAUGUUCUUACUUCAGAACAGCCAGGCACUAUGCAGCUCGACAAACCUCAGAGGGCGCAGGUCACCUCGGCCCGCUCUAAGCAAAUGCUGUCGUCCAUGGUAGAGACUGUGAAUGUGGCAGAGAGUGCAGUGGAUUUCACUGCCGCUAAAUCUCAGGCUGCUAAGCUCAAAACUGAGUCUAGAAUGGCUGUUGAAUGUGCUGGAGCAGAGCAAAAGAUUGUGGUGCAGGAGACCAAGGAAGCAAAGAUGGAACAGUCCAUCUCAUCCCAGAUCAAAAUGUCCACAGAGUCUCACAUGGCUUUUGAGCAGUCGGUGCAGGUGUCCAGGCAGGAGGUGAAGUCAGUAACACUGAAAAGCAGAGAGAGAGAUGUAGGGGCGGCUAUUGUUACCGCUGCACUGCCUCCAACCACCGUCCCCACUGAACAGGUGGUAGACGUCAGCAUCCAGAGGGAACACAGGGAGGAGAUCUUUAAAGAGGAGAUCACAGUAUCCAGGCCAGAGCAAAGAGAAUACCCAGUAAUAGUCACCUCCCUCGAAGACUUAUCCAUUGAUGAAGAUAGUAAAGUAACCUUUAGCACCACCAUUAAGUACGUCACAAAGGUAAACUGGUUUUUCAAUGGGCAAUUGGUGAAAUCUGGCAAAGAGUUCAAGUGUUGCAAAGACCAGGACACAUACACAUUGGUUAUCAACAAAGUUGUCAAGGAGAGGCACCAAGGAGAAUAUGUUUGUGAGGCUGAGAAUGAAGCCGGCAGGACUACAACAUCUUCAAGACUUACUGUGGUCUCAAGAGUGCCACCUGUCUUCAGGCAAAGAAUCACACCUUUGGAGAUCAAUGUCGGCGGCCAUGCCAAGUUCGAGUGUGAAAUCGAAGAUGCUCCGAGUGUGACCUUCAAAUGGUACAAGUCUGGCAUUGAGAUCAAGCAGAGUGAGAAGUACAGGAUCCUCAGUCGCCACACCAGCUCCUCCCUGGAGCUCCUGAACCCGGUCAAAGCCGACAGCAGUGAAUACACCUGCAAGGCUUCAAACCAGCAUGGCACUGACAGCUGCACCGCCUCACUCGUCGUCACCGAAAUGUACCCGCCGGUAUUUGUAUCAAAACCAGACCCAAUGACUUUAUAUGUGGGAAAACAAGCUGUGUUCCAGUGCUCACUCACUGGAUCCUCGCCCAUGGAAGUUGUCUGGCACAAGGACAACAUAGCCAUCUCCUCCGAAGGAAACUAUGUCAUGAAAUGUGAAAAGAACAAGUAUUCGCUUUACAUUAAAAGUCUUGAUGUGACUGACCAUGGAGUUUACCUGUGCAAGGCCUCCAACAGUGUUGGCACUGCUACAUUUACUACAGAGCUCAAGGUUAUCAACAAGCCCAGCUUUGUUAAGACCAUUGAGCCAGCGUCAGUUGCUGUCAAUGACCCUCUGAGGCUGGAGUGCCAGGUGGACGAGGACACUGGUGUGACCGUCACCUGGACCAGAGAUGGCAAAAAAGUCCACCAGAGCAUGGAUUGUAAAGUGUCCUUUGAGGACAAGGUGGCUGUUGUUGAGGUUCCCAAGUCCAAACUGAAGGACUCUGGGAAUUAUGUGUGCACAGCCACGAAUGAGGCUGGGAGCUCAUCCUGUGAGGCUGUGGUAACAGUUCAAGAGCCCCCUACCUUUGUUAAGAAAAUGGAGCCUAAGAUUACAUGGAAACAAGGCAUAGCUGCACGCUUACAGUGUUCGGUUAAAGGAUCGCCUGAACUUCAUAUCCACUGGUUCUGGAAUGAGAGAGAGCUUAGUGAUGGAGAGAAAUAUAAAAUCUCUUUCAAGAGUGGAGUUGCUUCUUUGGAGAUAAUGAACCUCGUGGUCACAGACAGUGGCAGUUACACCUGUGAGGUGUCAAAUAACGCUGGCAGCGAGAGCUGCAACACCCUUAUCGCUGUUAAAGAGCCACCAUCCAUUAGAAAAGAGCUGCAGACAAUAGAGGCGGUAAAGGGAACAGCAACUCAGCUGGAGUGUGAGAUCAUGGGAACAGCUCCUUUUGAAAUUAGCUGGUUAAAGAAUAAGAAAGCCAUCUCCAGUGAUCAGAAAUAUAAAAUAAUCUCUGAAGAUUCCUUGUCAAGGCUGGAGAUCAAGACGUUUGACAGUACAGAUGUUGGAGAUUAUCAGUGCGUCAUAUCCAAUGAUGUGGGGAAAGUCACCACUAAGGCCUUGGCUAAACUUAAAGAGCCACCAACUUUCACAAAGAGGGUUGAGAGUGCGACAGCAGUGCUGGGAAAUACGGUAAAACUGCAGGGGACCAUUAAGGGCUCAGCUCCCAUCACUGUUAAAUGGAUGAAAGACUCUGAAAUAAUGAGAGAUGACGAUUCAAAUAUCAAGAUGGUGUUUGAGAACAAUGUUGCUAGCUUGACGAUAUCAACAGUGGCCAUCAGCCACGGUGGCAAGUAUUCGUGCCAAGCUGAGAACGAGGCUGGCCAACAAAAAUGUGAAGCUACCUUGACUGUGCAAGAACCUGCCAGAAUCGUAGAACCUGCAGAGUCCAUUAGUGUGACUGCAGGUGAUUCAGCCACUUUGGAGUGCACAAUUUCGGGAAGCCCAGAGCUUAAAGUGAAGUGGUUUAAAGACGGGAAGGAGAUGAUCAGUGGCCGGAAAUAUAAGAUGACUCUGAAGGACAAUGUUGCCACCAUGAAGAUUCUUACAGCAGAGAGAGGAGACACUUCAGAGUACAAGAUGGAGGUGUCGAAUAAAGUUGGGAAAGCCGAGUGCACGUGCUCAGUCACGGUCUUAGAUCGGAUAAUGCCCCCAACUUUCACCAAGUCCCUGAAAAGAGUUGAUGGUAACAUUGGUAAUGACAUCUCCAUGGAGUGUAAACUGUCUGGGUCCCAACCCAUGACCAUAGCUUGGUUCAAAGACGACCAGGAGGUCACGCCUGGAUCCAAAUUCCAGCCUGAAUUCAAAGAUAACUCUGCUACAAUGAGAAUUGUUCGGCUGGAGAAGGCUGACUCUGGAGUUUACAAAUGCAGAGCCACCAAUUCAGCCGGCUUUAAGGAAACCAGCGGCACACUCUAUGUCAAAGAGCCCCCAGCAUUCACAGUUAAACCAGACAACCAGGAUGUUAUACCAGGAACCACAGUUUCCUUCAGAACCGCCUUCACUGGAACAGCUCCUUUAGCUGUAAAGUGGUUCAGAGAGGAAAAAGAGAUUGUAACUGGAGACUCAUAUUUCAUAAAGAAAGAUGCCUCUUCCAGCUCUUUGGAGCUUCACUCAGUAAAACCCAGUGACUCCUCAAAAUACACAUGCCAAGUAUCCAAUGAUGCUGGGAAGGUGGACUGCACUGCAGUCCUCUUUGUGAAAGAACCUCCUGUGUUUGUGAGGAAGCUUGAGGCGACCAAGCUCAUCACCAGCGGCGACUCUGCCAAGCUGGAGUGCAAAGUGACGGGCAGCCCCGUCAUCAGUUUUACUUGGUUCAAGGAUGCGAUGGAGAUCAGCUCCAGUCCUAAAUAUAAAAUGACCGCAAUUGACUUAGUGGCAUCUCUGGAAAUAGUCAACUGUACGGUAGAGGAUAGUGGAGAUUAUGUCUGUGUGGCGUCCAGCGAGGCUGGUAGUGACCGCUGCAGCAGCACAGUUACAGUCAAAGAGCCACCAUUGUUUGUGCGUAGUUUGGAGCCCAAAGAUGUGGUGAAAGGUUCUGAGAUGAUGCUGGAGGGCCAAGUCUCUGGCUCCGCCCCUUUCACUGUGUCAUUUUAUAAAAACACAAAGCCGAUUAGGAAUGACAAGAGACACAGGAUCACGGUUAAAGAUGACCUGAUAGCCCUGCAGGUGCUGGCGGUAGAGGCAGCAGACGUUGGUUUGUACCAAUGUACUGUUGAGAAUGAAGUUGGUGGGGCUUCCUGUGAUUGUCAAGUAACACUCAAAGAACCACCAUCAUUUGUGAGAAAGUUGGAGAACCUCAGUUCCUUGGUUGGCAGCGAAGUUACUCUGCAGUGCGUUGUGAAGGGCUCAGAGCCCAUGACUGUGUCCUGGAUGAAAGACAACCAUGAGCUUAAAGAGGCUGAAAACAUUCAGAUUACAUAUGAGAACAACAAGGCUGUGGUGCACUUUACCAACUUACAUAGCAAACAUGGCGGCAAAUACUCUUGCCAGGCGCACAAUCAGGCCGGGAGCCAGACGUGCUCUGCUGUGUUGACAGUCAAAGAACCAGCGAAGGUCACGGAGGAGACAAAGUCUAUCAGUGUGACUCAGGGUGAUCCAGCUACACUAGAGGCCAGGUUCUCAGGCACAAAACCACUGAAGGCCAGAUGGCUGAAGGCUGGCAAGGAGCUGACCUCAGGCCUGAGGCACAAAAUACAGAACACAGACACCAGCUCUGUGCUGAAGAUUAAUAAAACUGAGAAAAGUGACAGUGGUGACUACACCUUUGAGGUUUCAAAUGAUGUCGGACAGAGUUCUUGCGAUGCCACGCUCACCAUUCUCGAUCAAAUUAUUCCACCAUCUUUUACAAGAAAACUGAAGCAGACGGAAGGUAUCAAAGGAUCAUUCGCUCAUCUGGAGUGUCUUGUUUCCGGCUCCCUGCCGAUAACCAUACAAUGGUACAAAGAUGAGAAAGAGAUCCAGACUGACGAAAAACACAAAUGCACAUUCUUUGAGAAUGUUGCUUUCCUGGAAAUCUCUAAUCUUGACAGUAAAGACAGUGGCAGCUAUACCUGCAUUGCUAAAAACAAGGCAGGAACCGUCCAAUGCUCUGGGAUCUUAUUUGUCAAAGAACCACCGUGCAUUCUCGAAAAGCCUGAAUCCAUGAAUGUUUUGCCUGGCUCAAAGGUCCAGUUUAACGUACUGUUCUCUGGCACGCCGCCACUGACCACCAAAUGGUUUAAAAACAAGAAAGAGAUUUUAUCCAGUGCCGACUGUAAUGUGAUCAAAGACAACACCUCAAGCUCACUGGAACUCUUCUUUGCCAAAACUUCAGAUUCUGGAGAAUAUGUCUGUGAAAUACAGAAUGAUGUCGGCUCCACAUCAUGCCAGGCAACACUCUUUGUCAAAGAACCCCCUAAGUUCACACGAACACCAGCUCGUAUGUCUGUGGUCCGUCCUGGUCAGAGUAAAGUGUUUGAGUGCCAGGUGACUGGCACACCUGAGAUAGACAUCUACUGGUUCAGGGAAGGUUCUGAGAUCAGCCCCAGUGACCGAUACAAGAUGGUCUUUGUUAACUCUGUGGCCACUCUGGAAAUCUGUGGGCCUGAUACCAAAGACAGCGGGGUUUACUACUGUGAGGCUCGCAAUGAGGCCGGCAGUGAGAGCUGCAGCAUGGAGCUCAAGGUCAAAGAACCGCCAUCAUUUAUUAGAGAGCUGGCUCCAGCUGAUGUUGUGAAGGGCUCCAGCGCCUGUUUUGAGUGUCAGGUCGCUGGGACUGGUCCUUUUGAGAUUACGUGGCACAAAGAUGCAAAGGAGAUCAAACCCAGUGCUAAACAUGGCUUCUCCCAGAUGAAUGAAAUUGUGGGUCUAGAGGUGCACAAAUGUGAUGCUGUAGAUGUCGGUGAAUACCAGUGUACUGUUGCUAACGAGGUGGGAAGCUGUACUUGUAAGACUACACUAAAGCUCAAAGAACCACCAACAUUUACCAAGAGGAUUGAGAACACUGCCACUGUUCUGGGUAAAAAGGCAGAGUUUCAGUGUGUUGUGAAGGGUUCUCCUACUCUCUCUGUACAAUGGCAAAAAGAUGAGAACUGGAUUUUGGAGGAUCCAAAGAUUGAGAGAACAUUUGAGAGCAAUGUGGCAACUCUCAGGAUUCCUGCCUGUGAGGCAACGCACAGCGGGAAAUACACCUGCCAGGUGGUAAACGAGGCAGGGCAGGAUAAGUGCUUUGCCACCCUAACGGUGCAAGAACCUCCUCAGAUCACAGAGAAACCUGAAGUGAUAAAGGUUACAGUUGGAGAUCCAGUCAAUCUGGACUGUAAGGUAACAGGUUCCCCUGAGCUUAAAGUGAAAUGGAUGAAAGGUGGCAGGGAGCUUCAGUCCAUCAGGCAGUACAAGCUGACCUUUGAGAACAACAUCAGCAGCCUAAAGAUUCAGUCUGCUCAGAAAGAGGACGAAGGAGAGUAUCUCUUCGAGGUGGCAAACCACAUCAGUAGCUGCACCUGCAAAGUCAAAGUGAUCGUACUAGAACAAGUAAUUGCACCAAGCUUCAUCAAACCCCUCGUAGACAUGCAAGAGAUUUUGGGCUCCUUUGUUCAUAUAUGUUGCAAAAUAUCUGGUUCCCACCCCAUCACUGUGGAAUGGCAGAAGGAGGGGGCCAAAAUCUCUAGUGGUGUAAAACACAAACUCAUUCAGCAGGACAAUUCUGUGUCAGUUGAAAUCGAACAGCUAGAGAGAUCUGACGCAGGAUCCUACUCUUGCAAACUGACCAAUGCAGCAGGAAGUUGUCAGUGCAGCGGAUCCCUCAUGGUUAAAGAACCUCCCAGCUUUGUGACAUUGCCUGAGCCCCAGGCGGCUCUACCCAACAGCACUGUACGCUUCAAAGGCACAUUUAAGGGAACCCCUCCCUUCACGGUCAAAUGGUUCAAGGAGGACACAGAGCUCAUGACCGGGCCCACUUGUUUCACAGGGCUGGAGGGGCUGUCUUGCUUUUUAGAGCUCUAUUCAGUGGGUGUCACCCAGAGUGGAGUUUACUCUUGCCAAGUCAGUAACGAUGCUGGCUCUGUACGCUGUAGUGCAGACUUGAAAGUCAAAGAACCACCCGAGUUUGUGCUGAAACUCCCUGCCACUAAGUUUGUGAAGCAGGGUGAGUCACUCCGCCUGGAGUGCAAAGUCAGUGGCACAGCCCCUCUGAAAGUGACCUGGUACAAACAUGACACCAAGGUCACGGAUGGGGGCAACUACAGGACAUCAUUUGUUGACUCAGUGGCAGUCCUGGAACUGCUCUCCACCAACUUUGAUGAUGAUGGAGUUUAUACCUGCGAAGCUCAGAAUGAUGCUGGCAGUGUCAGCUGCAGCACCACACUUACUGUGAAAGACCCACCAUCUUUUGUCAAAGUACCUCAGCCCAUUGAAGGGCUUAAGGGUAAGGACGUGAGUCUGUACUGUGAGAUGAGUGGUACAGCUCCGUUCCAGAUCACCUGGUUCAAAGACAGGAAACCUCUGAUGGAAAGCAGGAAGUAUAAGAUGGUGAGUGAGGGCAGCUCGGCUACGCUGCAUGUCAUUGGGAUAGAGCCCACGGAUGCCGGCGAAUACGAGUGCAAAGUGUCAAACAGUGUAGGAAGUGACACCUGCCAGACGUCAGUUAAACUCAGAGAGCCACCGUCGUUUGUGAAGAAACUGUCAAACAUGACAGUGAAUAUGGGAGAGGAGGUGACCCUUGUGGCCACUGUUAAAGGCUCUGAACCCAUUACUGUGUCCUGGGUUCAGGACAAGGAUCACAUUCUCAGGGACGGUGACAACAGGAAAAUCACCUUUGAGAACAACCAGGUCGCUCUUAAAGUGUUUAAGGCUGAUGCAACCACGGCAGGCAAAUACACCUGCCAACUCAGAAACGAUGCUGGGAAUGUGGAGUGUUUCGCUAACUUGACUGUUCUAGAACCCGCUAUGAUUGUGGACAAGCCUGACACUCUGAGUGUGACGGCGGGCGAUAUUGCCGCCCUUGAGGUCAAAGUGCGUGGAACCCCAGAGCUCACACCAAAAUGGUUCAAGGAUGGUGUCGAGCUGGCCUCUGGGAGGAAAUACAAAAUCUCAUUUUCUCAGAUGAUUUCCAGCCUAAAUGUUCUCUCUGCUGAGAAAAUGGACUCUGGAGAAUAUACGUUUGAGGUUAUGAACCAGGUCGGGAAGGACCUGAGUAAAAUUAAUCUCACUGUCUUAGAUAAGAUCAUCCCUCCAAGCUUCUCAAGGAAGUUGAAGGAUUGUCAAACAGUGGUAGGAACAGCCGGAGAGUUGGAGUGCAAAGUGUCGGGCUCCCCACCUUUUACCAUCUUCUGGUACCAUGAUGGGGAGGAGAUUCAGAGCGGACCAAACUAUGAGAUUUCAUUCAGCAGCAACAGCUGCUCACUCAGAGUGGCCACACUGAAGCUGUCCGACUCUGGAGUUUAUAAAUGUAAAGCUGUCAACAAGGCCGGAUCCAGUGAGACCACGGCCUCACUGGUGGUUAAAGAACCUCCAUCGUUCGUGGUGCCGCCACAGCCGGUGGAAGCCAAGCCCGGCUCUAAUGUGACGUUCUCAGCCAUGGUGAAAGGCAGCGCGCCGCUUAAACUGAAGUGGUUCAGAGGAACGAAGGAGAUCAUGCCUGGACAGGGCUGUGAUUUCUUCCUGAAGGAUAACCAAGUUAUUCUGGAGCUCUUCAAAGUGGACAGAUCUCACGCUGGAGAGUACACCUGUCAGAUCAUUAAUGAUGCAGGAAAGGAGAGCUGUCCAGUUAAUCUCACCAUCAAAGAGCCGGCAGCCUUUUCUAAGAAGCUGAAGGACGUGUCAGUGGAGAAAGGCAAACCGUUAACGUUGGAGUGUAAGUACACUGGAACUCCUAAAAUCACAGUGAACUGGUACAAAGAUGGCCAGCAGAUCUUCGCUUCCUACAAAUACAACAUCACCACGACUGAGAGCUCCUGCAUCCUUGAGUGUCUGAGCACUGACGACAAGGAGGCCGCCGGAAGAUACUCCUGCGAAGUGUCCAAUGACGCCGGGAAGGACAUGUGUGACGCAGCCGUGUCCAUCCUCGAGCCACCGUACUUCGUGGAGUCCCUGGAGCCCAUGGAGGUGACCUCAGGUGACAGUGUGUGUCUGAAGUGUCAAGUGGCCGGCACACCUGAGAUCAAGGUGUCAUGGUUCAAGGCCGAUGGAAAGGUGCGGUCCAGCCCCACCUGCAAGCUAGAGUACUCCAAGGGCGUGGCCUGUCUGAAGCUCAGCAAAGCCACCAAGGCUGACAUCGGAGAGUAUACCUGCAAGGCAGAGAACAAGAUAGGCUCCGCCUCCUCCACCUGCAAACUCAAUGUGCUCGAGGCAAAAACGCCACCAUCCUUCCCGAAGAAGAUCACCAGCCUGCAGCAGACAAAGGGUCAGCCAGUCCGCUUUGAGUGCCGCGUCGCCGGCUCGUCACCCAUCGAGGUGUCUUGGCUGAAAGACGGCGAGCCUCUGAGACACGGAGGCGAGUUCUCCAUGCUGUAUGAUGACAACACGGCCGUGUUGGAGAUCAGCAGCAGCGAGAUGAGGCACUCCGGAGAGUACUCCUGUGUGGCCACCAACAGCGUGGGCACCGCCUCCUGCAGAGCCAAGCUCACGCUGCAAGAACCCAGAUACCCGCCAGUCUUUGACAGGAAGUUGGCACCACAGGAGGUGACGGUUGGCGACAGCAUUGAGCUUGAGUGCCACAUGACUGGCUCCACCCCCAUUAAGGUCACAUGGUCCAAAGACCAUAAAGAUAUCCGCUCCGGGGGGAACUAUAAGAUCAGCUGUGUGGAGAACACGCCCCACCUGACCAUCCUGAAGGCAGAUAAAGGUGACACAGGGAGGUACUUCUGUCACGCCUCCAACGACAUGGGCAAGGACUCCUGCUCCUCUGACAUCACUGUCAAAGAGCGUAAAAACCCUCCGGUGUUCACCAAGAAGCCGUCAGAGAACAUCGAAGACAUGGAGGGCAAACUGGUGAAGAUCGAGGGCAGAGUGUCCGGCUCGCAGCCCAUGUCCAUCAGCUGGUUCAAAGACAACACGGAGAUCUACAGCUCCGACAAAUAUGACAUUAGCUUCAAGAGCAACGUGGCCGUGCUGUGCAUCAAGAGCAGCCAGGUGACGGACAGCGGCAGGUACUCCUGUCAGGCCUCCAACGAGGCUGGAAGAAUUUCCUGUGACGUUGUCGUGGGAAUCUCAGAAGCCAAGAAGCCUCCGGUGUUCGACGUCCCUCUGAAGCCACUGACUGUGGACGAGGGCGAGAGGUUGAGUCUCAGGUGUCACGUCUGCGGAUCUCCACCUCUGAAGAUCCAGUGGAUGAAGGACAGGAAGGACCUGAUGUCCGCUGGCAGCACCAGGAUCAGCUUCUCCGACGGCACGGCCUGUCUGGAGAUCAGCCAGGCCUCCCGACAUGACGCCGGAGAUUAUCUCUGCAAGGCCACCAAUGAUGCCGGCACCGAGUUCUGCAAGGCUAGAGUCACCAUCAAAGAGAAACCAGGAGCAGCUCCGCCUCCUGCUGAAGCUCCAGCAGCCGCUCCAACCAAGAAACUGGAGAACCUGUUCUUCAUCCAGGAACCCAAAACUGCGCACGUCACCGAGAAGGGCACCGCCACCUUCAUCGCCAAAGUGGGUGGCGACCCGAUCCCCAGUGUGAAGUGGAUGAAGGGGAAGUGGAGGCAGAUCACUCACGGUGGCCGGAUCUCCAUCGAGCAGAAGGGCCAGGAGUCUAAGCUGGAGAUCAGAGAGGUGACCAAGUCGGACUCGGGUCAGUACAGGUGCGUCGCCUCCAUCAAACAUGGAGAGAUCGAGUGCAGUGCUGACAUGCACGUAGACGAGAAGAAGGAGGCGGUACAGCUGGAGGGAGACCUGCGAGCCAAACUGAAGAAGACACCAUCAAAGCAGAAGAGUCCACAGGAGGAGAAGGACAUCGACAUUGUCGAGCUGUUGAGGAACGUGGACCCCAAAGAGUACGAGAAAUACGCCCGAAUGUACGGCAUCACCGACUACCGGGGCCUGCUGCAGGCCAUCGAGCAGCUGAAGAAGGAGAAGGCUGAAGAAAGUGGAAGACCGGAAGUGGAACGUGCAGACAGAGAGUCUGAUGAGGACAUGGCCCGACUGGUGGCCGACCUGCAGAAGAGGAUGGAGCGCACAGAGCCCGUCACUGUGCUGAGGGACAUCUCCGAUCAGUCCGUCUUCAUUAACAAGGAGGCGGUGUUUGAGUGCGAGAUCAAGAUCAACUACCCAGAGAUCACCCUGUCCUGGUACAAGGGCACCCAGAAACUGGACACUAGUGACAAGUAUGACAUCAGCAUCAGCGGUGACCGCCACCUGCUCAAGAUCAAGAGGUGCCAGUCGACCGACCAAGGCAACUACCGGGUGGUCUGUGGGCCUCACAUCUCCAGCGCCAAGCUCACUGUCAAGGAGGUGGAGGUUGAGAAGCACCUGCAGGACACAUCGGGUAAGGAAGGCCAGUCAUGCACUCUGUCUUGUCAGUUAUCCAUCCCUAACGUAGAGGCUCAGUGGUAUAAAAAUGGAAAGCAGUUAGAGAUGAAGGGCAGGUACACGUCGGAGGUGAAACACAAGAUUCAGAAGCUUCUGAUCAGAGACCUGAAAACUGAAGACCAGGGCAGAUACACCUGCAAGUACCAGCACCUGGAGUCAUCCGCCGACCUCUGGGUGGAAGCUGAACAAAUUCAUUUCACCAAACGCAUCCACAACAUCGAAGUCAACGAGCGCCAGUCGGCCACCUUUGAGUGUGAGGUGUCCUUCGACAAUGCUAUCGUUUCGUGGUACAAAGACACCUGGGAACUGAGAGAGAGCCCUAAGUACAACUUCACAAGCGAGGGCCGAAGACAUUUCAUGGUCAUCCGAAACGUGACCAUCGAAGACGAAGGCGUGUACUCAGUGAUUGUGAGGUUGGAGCCCAGAGGAGAGGCUAAGAGCACGGCUGAGCUUUAUUUGUCUGGCAAAGAAAUUGAAUUAGCAAUGGUUCCCUUAGAUGUCCCAGACUCCUCAGUUCAGAGGCCUGAAGUGCCUUCAUCAGUGGCAAUUCAAGAAUCUGCUGAAUACUAUCAUUAUGAAGAAGAGCUUGAACAUAGAGAAUCAGCUGAAUAUUCGUAUCACUAUGAAGAAGAGGUGGAGAUGGAGGUGGAGCAGAGAGUGGAGUUUGAGAGCUGGACAGAAGAGACAGUAAAACCACAGGUGUCCGAAACCAAAGCCAAAGCUGCCAGAGUUGCCAUUGAGGAGACAGUGGAGACCAAGAAAGUUGAAAUGCGGGAGGAACUCCCAACAAAAGUUCCCAAAGCUGAGAAAAAGCCUGAAGAGAAGCCAAGAGCAGCCAUUAAGGAGCCUUCACCGCCCAAAGUACCGGAGGCCAGAAAGCCAGUGGAGGAAAAGAUUCCUGUAGUUUCAGUCCCAGAGAAGAAGGAACGUCCUACUCCAAAAGAACCAGAGGAGGUUAAGAAGCCUGCUGCUCCUCCCUUGCUGCCUGCCGAGAAGCCAGGAGUGCCAAAGAAAGAUGAGCCCAAGCCUCAGGUACCAGCUGAGCCCAAAAAAGUGGCACCUGCAGCUAAGCCUGAGCCUGAGGCCAAGCCGAAACCGAAAGCUGAGCCUGAGCCAAAGCCUAAGCCCACACCGGCUCCUAAAGCAGAACCUGAGCCAAAGCCCAAGCCCACACCGGCUCCUAAAGCAGAACCUGAGCCAAAGCCCAAGCCCACACCGGCUCCCAAAGCAGAACCUGAGCCAAAGCCCAAGCCCACACCGGCUCCCAAAGCAGAGCCUGAGCCAAAGCCUAAGCCUACACCGGCUCCGACAAUACCUGAAGCCAAACCAGUGUUGAAGGUCGAGCCUGAAGCUGAGCCAGUGCGAGUAGAGAAGCCAGUGACACUUCCAUCCAAAGCCCCUGAAGAGGCUGCAAAACCAGAGCUGGCAAAGAUCAAGCCUGAACCAGCAGUAAAAAAGCCAGAGCCAGAGGCUCGAAAAGCGAAACCAGAACCAGAAAAACCAAAACCAGAAGUCCGUAAACCAGAGCCUGUUGUAACGAAGCCAGAACCUGCUGUUGCUAAGCCAGAACCUCCAGUUCCAAAACCAGAACCUGCAGUGGUCCCCAAACCUGAACCGGCAGAGGUUCCCAAACCAAAACCUGCAGAGGUCCCUAAACCAGAACCUGUGGAGGUCCCCAAACCCAAACUAAAACCUGUGGAGGUCUCCAAACCAGAACCAGUGGAGGUCCCCAAACCCAAACUAAAACCUGUGGAGGUCUCCAAACCAGAACCCGUGGAGGUCCCCAGACCCAAACUAAAACCUGUGGAGGUCUCCAAACCAGAACCAGUGGAGGUCCCCAAACCCAAAUUAAAACCUGUGGAGGUCUCCAAACCAGAACCCGAGGAGGUCCGCAAACCCAAACUAAAACCUGUGGAGGUCUCCAAACCAGAACCAGUGGAGGUCCCCAAACCAAAACUAAAACCUGUGGAGGUCCCCAAACCAGAACCUGUGGAGGUCCCGAAACCAAAACCUGAGCCAGCAGUGAAAAAACCUGAACCUGAGGUGAAAGUGCCAAAACCUGAACCUCCAAAGAUCAAACCAGAACCAACACCUGCACCAAAGGAACCUCUGAAGAAAGUUCCUGUGGAGGAAAAAAUACCCGAGGCUCCAAAACCAGCCAAGAAACCUGAAGUUGCUGUUGUUCCUCCCAAAGAAGAGCCGACGAAGAAUGAGAAAGUUCCUGUGAAGGAGAAGGAGUCUCCACCACAAGUCACAGAACCACUGAUAAAGCCAGCUGCUCCUCAAGAAGAGAGAAAACCUCAGGCUGCUGUAAAGGUUGAAGAAACUGUCCAAAGGCCUGAGAUCACUGACACAACCAAGAAGUUGGAGAAGAAGAUUACUCCACAAGAAGAACCAAAGCCAGUGACCAAGCCAAAGCCUGUCAUAAAGGCCGAAGAACCAACCAAGAAGGUUGCAGAAGAAGAAAAGCCAGUCGUAGUAGAACAGAUAGUUCCUGAGACAGAUGAAACCAAGGGACCCGUCCAAGCACCGGGAGGAGUCAAGAAAGAACUUCUUCUGCACAAAAAAGGUAAAAUUCAGAUGGAAGAGGAAGGGACAUUUGAGAUUCCCACUUUAAGGAAGACAACCAGAGUCAUAAAAGAAGUGGAGGAGGAGCAUGAAAUUAUCAAACUGAAGAAGGUUCCAUCAGUUCCACCUAAAGAGGCAGAAGAAGAGAAGAAACCUCAGAAGGUCACCAAGACCACAAUCUUUCAUGCUGAGGAGAUUGUCCACAGAGAAGAGGAUGUUGAGCUGUCAGUUGCCACCAGGAGACCUGCUGAGGAGAGGAAACCUCGAGACAAAGCAGAUGUGGUGAAAAAGCCAGAAGUUGUGACACCUAAAGAAAAGGAAGAGAAAGAAGCUCCUAAAGAUGCAUGGACCCGCCAGAAACCCACUCCAAAAGAAGAAAAACCAGAGGAUAAGAUUUCUCUGAAGAAAACUCCUAAGACACCAAAGGAAGAGGAACCUGCCCCACCAAGUGCAGCCUUGAAGAAAGUAAAAAAGUUGCCUACAGAGGAAGUGGAACCAGAAGCAGUCAAACUAAAACCAUUUGAAAAGCCUGUUAAACCAGCUGAGGAGCCAGAGAAAGACCUGAAGGAGAGGCCAGACAGGGACACUGUGCCUUUUCAGAAGCUCGAGAGGACCCCCAGAGAGGUGGAAGCUAAAGAACCUCCCAAGAAACCUGAAAAAGCUCCAGCAGAGGUCACAGAGCCACCAGCCAAGGUGCCAAAGCCAGUAGAUAAAAAGAAAACUCCAGAGAAAGAGCCUGAGGAGGUCAAAGCACCCACCAAGGUGAAGAAAAUACCAACACAGGAACAAGAGAUAGAAAGUGUUAAGCUGAAGCCAUUUGCAAGGCCUGCGAAAGAGGCUGAAGAGCCAGAGAAGAAACCUGCAGAGGAGAAAGAGAGGAAGCCAAUUGAUGAUCUACACCGCCGUCGCACAGUUCCAGAUGAAAAACCAAAAGAACGAGAGCCAGAAGCUAGACCAAAGAAACCUGAGAUUCCAGAAGCUCCAGAGAAGAAGCCAGAGAAGCCGAAGGUGGUAGAGGCAGUUCCAGCCGAGAAGAUAGUCUCUCCUGUGCCAGCUCCUGUUAAGAAACCUGAAAAGGUUCCUGAGGAGCCCAAACCUCUGCAGCUGAAGAAGGGAGUCAUUCCCAAGCCGAAAGAGGAGAAAGAGGAAGUGGCUCUCAAGCCUGUGGAGCAGCUCAAGAAGGUUGAGCUGAAAAAGACACCAUCUCCUAAAGUUGAGAAGCUUAAAGAAGAGGAGGUGGUCCCUGUUGAGAAGAAGCCAAGUGUUGAUAAACUCAAAAAGAUUCCUAAAGAGGUUUCACCGAAAGAGUCUAUUGAAGCUGUGACUCUCAAAAAGAUCCCAAAGAAGCCAUCGCCAGAGGAGGAGAAGGUUGCAGAACCAGCAAAGCCCGCUAAAGGGAAGAUUCCUUUGGUGAAGGAGAUCUCUCCAGGAGCUGUGCAGAUGAGAAAGGUUGCCACCCAGCCAGAAGAGGAGGUAUUUGAAGAGGAACCUGAGGAAGAGGUGGAGCAGGAGGAAGAAGAGGCCUGGGGCUGGGAGCUGGUUCCCAGGGAGAGUUAUGGCUCUGAAGAGUGGGAGGGUGAAGCAGAGGAAGGUGCACUGGAGGUUCCAGGGGUGGCCAGGAGAGAGGGACAACCAGCAGAAGAAGCAGGAAGAGGUAGAGGUAGAGGCCUGAGACCCAAGCAGACCCCGUCACCUGGAGAGGGCAGGGGCCGCGGCCUGAGGCCUGGUGGAAAGGGACCAUCACCACCAGAGGAACCCUUCGGAGGAUUCAAGCUCAAAGCCGUCCCCCUGAAGUUCAUCAAGAAGCUUCAGGACAUUGUGUUGCAGGAGGCAGAGUCUAUAGGCUCGUCUGCUGUGUUUGAGUGCGAGGUAUCGCCUUCCACUGCUGUCACAUCUUGGAUGAAAGAUGGCAACAACCUCCGUGAGGACCCAAAGCACAAAUUCAUAUCUGACGGCAAAGAUCGCAAGAUGAACAUUAUUGAUGUCCAGCUCUCUGACACCGGUGAAUAUACCUGUAUAGCCAAGAAUGCUGGCAAGGAAAUAUCGUGCACAGCCAAGCUUAUUGUUGAAGAGCUGCCAGUGAAAUGGAUCAAAGAGCUGGAGGAGGAGACCUCAGCUCUGAAGGGUCAGCCUGUGUAUAUGACCUGUGAGUUGAACAAAGAGAGAGAUGUGGUAUGGAAGAAGGAUGGCGAAGUCCUGAAGCCAAAGGCCAACAAGAUUCAGAUCAAUAUCAUUGGCUUGCAGCAUGCUGUGACCAUCCAGAACUCCGCUGAGGACGACGCUGGGGCCUACUCAUGUGAAGUGGCCAACCAGGAGGCUGUCAAGACUGCAACAAAUGUCAAAGUCACUGAAAUAAUCAAGGAUUGGAUUGUGAAACCACUGAGAGACCAGCAUGUGAAACCAAAGGCUGCUGCUAUAUUUAAAUGUGAGCUCUUCAAGGACACUCCCAACUGGAAGUGGCUCAAAGGAGAGAACGAGAUCACUCCUUCUGACAAGAUCGAGAUCAAGAAGGAUGGGAAGGAGCUGACGCUCACUAUCAAGAACUGUCAGCCAGAUGAUGUAGCAGAAUAUGCCAUGGAGGUGGAGGGACGCGUCUACACUGCCAAGCUAACACUAGGAGAGCGGGAAGCUGAGAUCCUGAAGCCCCUGGCCAGCGUUGAAGUGACUGAGAAGGAAGAUGCCAUGUUUGAGACGGAGAUCUCUGAGGAUGACGUUCCAGGAGAAUGGAAGCUCAAAGGAGAGGUUUUGACCAGAUCUCCGAUGUGCGACAUCCAAAUGGAGGGUGGGGUGCGUAAACUCACUCUGAAAAAUUGCCAGUUGGAUCAGGCGGGAGAAGUGUCCUACCAGGCUCUUAACGCCAUUACCAGCGCAAUGCUCAACGUCAAAGAGCGCGACAUCAAGGUUGUCCGCCCACUGUACAGUGUGGAGGUCACUGAGACAGAGACCGCCAAGUUUGAGACAGAGAUCUCAGAGGAGGACCUUCACGGCACCUGGAAACUGAAGGAAGAGACACUCCACCCGUCUGCUGAUGUGGAGGUCAAGAUGGAGGCAACCAGACACACGCUGAUCCUCUACAACUGCAAAAUGGACAUGGCCGGAACUGUAGACUUCGCGGCAGCGAAUGCCAAAUCUUCAGCUCAGCUCAGGGUCAAAGCCCGAGUGAUCGGCCUGGAGCGGCCCCUGAAGGAUGUCACUGUGACUGCCGGGGAGACCGCAACCUUCGAGUGCGAGCUGUCCUAUGAAGGCAUCGCUGUCGAGUGGUUCCUGGGGGGUACAAAGCUGGAACCAAGCGACAGAGUGGUGUUGAAGGCGGAGGCUAAAGUCCACAGUAUGACUCUGAGGGACGUCAAACUACAUGAAGCCGGACAAGUUAAACUCGUCGCCAAAGACUUCCAGACAGAGGCCAACCUGAUCGUCGGAGAGCCACCGGUGGAGUUCACUAAGCCUCUGGAGGACCAGACGGUGGAGGAGGAAGCCACCGCCACACUUGAGUGUGAAGUUUCCAGAGAAAAUGCAGAGGUGCGAUGGUUCAGGGAUGGACAGGAGAUCAGAAAGACCAAAAAGUACGAGAUGAUCGUCGAGAGCCGCAAGAGGGCGCUGCUCAUCCACGACUGCACUAUGGACGAUUCGAGAACGUACACUUGUGACGCCAAAGACUUCAAAACCUCCUGCUUCCUCAACGUUGAACCUCCACAUGUCGAGUUCUCGAAGCCACUCCAUGAUGUCGAGGUCAAAGAGAAGGAAUCUGCCAGGUUUGAGUGUGAAGUUUCCAGAGACAACGUCAAAGUCCGCUGGUUCAAAGAUGGAAGUGAAAUCAGAAAGGGGAAGAAGUAUGAAAUUAUUGCUGAAGGCCGCAAACACAUCCUCAUCGUCCACAAGUCGGUGUUUGACGACGAGGCUGAAUAUGAAUGUGACGCAAAGACCUCCAAAUCCUCCGGCAUGCUUACUGUCGUCGAGGAGGAGGCAAGGUUCACCAAGAACCUUUCCAACGUGGAGGGAACAGAGACGGACAGCGUGAAGCUGAUCUGCGAGGUGUCCAAACCCAGCGCUGACGUCAUCUGGUACAAAGGAGACGAGGAGCUGCCGGAGGGCGGCCGCCACGACCAGAUCGUGGACGGGAAGAGGAGGAUCCUCCUCAUCCAGGACCUAAAGAUGGCCGACGCGGGAGAGUACAACUGCAGGCUGAGUCCUAGCAUCAGGACAUCCGCAAACCUCAAGAUUAACGAACUGGCUGCUGAGUUCAUCUCCAGGCCUCAGAGCCAGGAGGUGGUGGAGGGCGAGAAGGCAGAGUUCACUUGCUCUGUCUCCAAGGAAACCUAUGAGGUCAAAUGGCUGAAGGACGACAGGGAGCUGGAGGCCGGAGACAAAUACCAGAUGGUCAGCGACGGCAAGAGGCGAACGCUGGUCAUCAAGAACAGUGAGCUCAGAGACGAGGGCGGAUACGUGGUGAUGAUCGGAACCACCAGAGCCAGCGCCGACCUCACUGUGCUCGAGAAACUGAAGAUCAUCACGCCGCUGAAGGACACGGAGGCCAGAGAAGGACAGGAAGUGGUCCUGAACUGUGAGGUGAACACAGAGGGAGCGAAGGCCAAGUGGCUCAAGAAGGACGAGACGAUAUUCGAGACCAGCAAGUACAUGAUGGUCCAGAGGGACAACGUCUUCUCCCUUAGGAUCAGAGACGCCCAGAAGGGAGACGAGUCCAACUACAGCAUCAACCUGACCAAUCACAGAGGAGAGCACGCCAAGAGCUCCUGCGACCUCACCGUCAAAGAGGAGAGUCUGAGGAUUGUGGUUCCAUUGGAGGACAUCGACACUCAGGAGAAGAAGACCGUCAGCUUCUCCUGCAAGGUCAACAGGCCCAACGCCACUCUGAAGUGGAUGAAGGGCGGCCAGGAGAUCACUUUCAACAAACACAUUGUCUACAGAGUAGACAAAGAGAAGCACACGCUGACCAUCAAGGACUGCACGCUGGCGGAUGAGGGCGAGUACACUGCCGUAGCCGCAGACAACAAGUCCACCGCAGAGCUGAUCAUCAGCGAGGCACCUACAGACUUUGACAUGCACCUGAAGGACCAGACCAUCACCGAGUUCGAGGACGCGGAGUUCACAUGCAAGCUGACCAAAGAGAAAGCCGACGCCAAGUGGUACAGAAACGGACGUGAGAUCAGAGAAGGACCGAGAUAUACAUUUGAAAAAGAUGGAAAGUUGUGCACCUUGCGUAUCAAGGAGUGCAGACCGGACGAUGAGUGUGAGUACGCCUGUGGUGUGGACGAUAAGAAAUCCAGAGCCAGGCUCUUUGUUGAAGAGACGCCGGUGGAGAUCGUCAGACCGCCACAGGACAUGUUCGAACCUCCAGGCUCGGAUGUCGUGUUCGAGGUGGAGCUCAACAAAGACAGACAGGAAGUGAAGUGGUUGAGGAACAAUAUGACGGUUGUCCAGGGAGACAAAUACCAGAUGAUGAGCGAGGGUAAAAUCCACAGACUGCAGGUCUGUGAGAUCAGACCUCGAGAUCAGGGAGAGUACAGAGUCAUCGUCAAGGACAAAGACGCCAAGGCCAAGCUGGAGCUGGCAGCUGUGCCUCAGAUAAAGACCACAGACCAGACCUACGUCACAGACGCCAGGAAGCCCAUCGUCAUGGCCGUCCCCUACAGCGCCUACCCACAGGCCGAGGCUGACUGGCUGUAUAACAACCUGAGUCUGCCCAAAGACAACAUCUACACAUCCGCCGACCGCACAGAGUACCGCCUGAAGGACCCCAUGAAGGCUGAUGAGGGCCGCUACAAGGUCAUCAUCAAGAACAAACACGGAGAGGGAGAAGCCUUCAUCAACCUGGAGGUCAUUGAUGUCCCUGGACCCGUGAGGAACCUGCAGGUGAUCGACACAGCCGAUGGUGAGGUCAGCCUGGCGUGGGAGGAGCCUGAAAAUGAUGGCGGCGCCAAGGUCAUUGGCUACGUGGUGGAGAGACGUGAUGUGAAGCGUAAGACCUGGACGCUGGCCACUGACCAGGCUGACAGUCCAGAGUACACAGUGACCGGCCUCCAGAAAGACUCCAUGUACCUGUUUAGAGUGUGUGCCAGAAACCGGGUCGGCAGCGGACCCAACGUUGAGACCGACAAACCCGUACAGGCCAAGAACAAGUUUGAUGUUCCUGAGGCUCCUCUGAAUGUGAUCGUUGGAAACGUCAGCAAGUUUGGCUGCACCGUUGCCUGGGAACCUCCUGAGUCGGACGGAGGCUCUCCCAUCACCUCUUAUGUCAUCGAGCUGCGAGACAGGACGUCUGUGAAGUGGAUGCCUGUCCAGGUGACCAAAGCUGACGAGCUCAGUGCCGUCAUCAAUGACGUCAUCGAGAACAAGGAGUACAUCUUCAGAGUCAGAGCUCAGAACAAAGCUGGCGACGGCAAGCCAAGCGCUGCCUCGCGGCCCGUCAAGAUCAUGGAUCCCAUUGAGCCUCCCAGUCCCCCUCUGAAUCUGGUCUGGGGGGACCAGAACAAGACUUCGGUGAAUCUCACUUGGGAGACUCCUCUGAGGAAUGGAGGCAGCAUGAUCACCGGAUACAUAAUUGAACGUAACGAGGAAGGCAACGACAAGUGGCUCCGCUGUAACGCCCGCCUCUGCCCAGACCUCUUCUACAAGGUGUCUGGCCUGAAAUAUGGAAACAAGUACAACUACAGAGUGUUUGCUGAAAACGCCGCUGGAGUCUCAGAGCCGUCAAACAUUGUCGGCCCUCUGCUGGCUGACGACCCACAUGUCGGUCCAACCUUUGACCUGAGUGCUUUUAAAGAUGGCCUGGAGGUGAUUGUCCCUCAGCCUCUCACCAUCAGAGUCCCCAUCACCGGAUACCCGAUCCCUGUCGCCAAGUGGACCUUAGGAGACAAGCAGCUGAGCACCGAUGACGAGCGUGUCACCAUGACGACCAAGGCCACAUUCACAGAGCUGAUCAUCACACCAAGCGUCCGCCCCGACAGAGGCACUUACACUCUGCAGCUGGAGAAUGACGUCACGUCUGUCACUGGAGACAUCGAUGUCAACGUCAUCGCGGCGCCCAGCGCUCCAAAGGACUUCAAAGUCCUGGAGGUGACCAGGCAACAUGUCCACCUGAGCUGGGAGGCUCCGGAGCACGAUGGAGGAAGUCCUCUGACCGGCUACCAGGUGGAGAAACGGGAUGUGGCCCGCAAGACCUGGGUCAAGGUGGCCCAAGGUAUCCAGGAUACGGAGUUCACAGUCACUGACGUGAUUGAAGGAAAGGAGUAUCUGUUCAGAGUCACUGCCUGCAACAAGUGUGGACCAGGAGAGCCGGCGUACAUCGACGAUCCCGUCAAUGUCUCGUCUCCUGCCACCAUCCCUGACCCUCCAGAGAACCUGAGGUGGAGAGACAAGUCCGCCAGUGGCAUCUUCCUCACCUGGGAGCCGCCAAAAUACGAUGGCGGCAGCGGCAUCCGAGGCUACAAUGUGGAGCGCUGCAUGAGAGGAACAGAUAAGUGGGAGCCCUGCGGGGACAUGGUGCAGGAGCUGAAGUGCCAGGUAACAGGUCUGAUUGAGGGCCAGUGGUACGCCUACAGAGUCCGAGCCCUGAACAAGCUGGGAGCCAGCCGACCCUGCAAGGCCACCGAUGAGAUCCAGGCAGUUGAUCCCAAAGAACCUCCAGAGAUCCAGCUGGACGUCAAGCUGCUGGCUGGUUUGACUGCCAAGGGCGGCAGCAAGAUUGAGCUCCCUGCAGAGGUGAAGGGUAAGCCUGAACCCCGCGUGAAAUGGACGAAAGCUGACCUGGUCCUCCAACCAGACGACAGGGUUUCCAUCGACACCAAGCCGGGACACUCCACCGUUACCAUCGCCAAGACCAAGAGAGAUGACAGCUCCACCUACAUCAUCGAGGCCACCAACAGCAGCGGCCGUGCCACUGCCACUGUUGAGGUCAACAUCCUCGAUAAGCCCGGUCCUCCAGCUGCCUUCGAUAUCUCUGAAAUCACUAAUGAAUCCUGCUUUAUGGCCUGGAACCCUCCACGUGAUGACGGCGGCUCCAGAAUUACCAAUUACAUUGUCGAGCGCCGAGCCACAGAUAGCGAGAUCUGGCACCGGCUGUCCUCAACCGUGAAACUGACUACCUACAGAGCUGUGGGCCUGGUCAAGUUCAAGGAGUACAUCUUCAGAGUCUUCGCAGAGAACCAGUUUGGUGUUGGCCCAGCGGCUGAGCACCCAUCCAUCAUUGCCAGAUACCCCUUCGACACUCCUGGAGCUCCUUACAAGCUGGAGGCUUCAGACAUUGCCAAGGACUCCCUGACCCUGAACUGGUACGAGCCUGAUGAGGAUGGAGGCAGCCCCAUCACCGGAUACUGGGUGGAGAGAUAUGAACCCGAACAUGACAGGUGGAUGAGAUGCAACAAGGUGCCCAUCAAAGACACAAACUAUAGAGUCAAAGGUCUUCCCACUAGGAAGAAGUACAAGUUCAGAGUUCUGGCUCAGAAUCUGGCUGGAACUGGAAAACCCAGCAAGGAGACAGACCCGAUCCUUGUCAAAGAUCCAUUUGAUCCUCCAUGGCCUCCUGGUAAACCCACGGUGAAGGACGUAGCUAAGACUUCCUGCUUCGUCAUGUGGACCAAACCAGAGCACGACGGCGGAGCAAAGAUCGAAGGCUACAUUAUUGAGAUGCUGAAGAGCGGUACCACAGACUGGAUCCGCACGGCAGAGAACAUCACCACCCUGGAAUACUUCCUGAAGGGCCUGAUGGAGAAGCAGGAGUACACGUUCAGGGUGCGAGCCGUUAACGCAGCUGGAGAAAGCGAACCCAGCGAGCCCAGCGACCCUGUGCUCUGCAAAGAGAGACUCAACCCUCCAUCGGCUCCUCGCUGGCUGGAUGUCGUCAGCAUCUGCAGAAACAGCGCUGACUUGAAGUGGGCUGCGCCAGAACGCGACGGAGGCUCGCGCAUCACCAACUACAUAGUGGAGAAGCGUGACGCCAAGCGUAAAGGCUGGCAGGCCGUUGACACCACAGUCAAGGAGCUGAAGUACACCGUGACGCCACUCAAUGAAGGUUCUCUCUACGUGUUCCGUAUUGCCGCUGAGAACGCUGUUGGUGUGGGACCGUUCUGCGAGCUGGAGGACUCUGUGUUGGCUAAAGACACCUUCACUACUCCUGGGGCGCCGUAUGCCCUCACUGUCAAUGCUGUGACCAAGAGAUACGUGGACCUGAUGUGGGAGGAGCCUAAAAAUGAUGGUGGCAGACCCAUCCUCAAGUAUUCCAUUGAGAAGAAGGAGAGGCUUGGAACCCGCUGGGUGAAAUGCGGGAAGACUUCUGGUCCAGACUGUAAGUACAGAGUGACGGAUGUCAUUGAGGGAACUGAGGUUCAGUUCCAGGUCUGCGCUGAGAACGAGGCUGGCGUCGGCCAUCCAAGCGAACCCACAGAGCUCCUUGCUAUCGAGGAUCCAACAGGAGCCCCAUCACCACCUAUCGAGCUGCAUGUCACAGGAGCCAGCAGGGACUUCCUGUCCAUUGCCUGGAAACCUCCUCAGAGAGAUGGCGGCUGCCCCAUCACUGGCUACCACAUCGAGAUGUGUGAGGCCGGGACGGAGAAGUGGAUGAGGGUUAACUCCCGUCCAGUGAAGGAGCUGAAGUACCGCGUGGAGGAAGGCGUGGUCCCCGAGAAGGAGUACAUCCUGAGAGUGAGGGCCAUUAACUCUGUCGGAGUUGGCGAGCCCUCCGACAUCUCCGAGAACGUCUUCGCCAGAGAGUCUGAGUGCAACCCGACGCUGGAGUUCCAGACUCUGGACCUGGUUGUUGUGGAAACAGAGAAGCUGCACAUCCCAGUUCCCUUCAGAGCCGUCCCGUCACCCAGGAUCACCUGGCACAAAGACGGCAAGGAGCUGAAGGCCGAUGAUCGCGUUGGUUUCAGGAAGGACUACACUUCCUGUCACCUGGAGAUCGACAGCAGCCUUCAUGCUGACGCAGGACAGUACAAAGUCACCCUGGAGAACAAUCUGGGAGCCGCCAGCGGCACCAUCAACGUCAAAGUCAUCGGUCUUCCUGGUCCAUGUAAGGAGAUUUUGGCAUCUGAGAUCACAAAGAGCUCCUGCAAAGUGACCUGGGAUCCUCCAGACUACGACGGCGGCACCCCGAUCAUACACUACGUCCUGCAGCGUCGUGAGGCUGGCAGGAGGACGUAUGUCAACAUUAUGUCCGGAGAGAACAAGGUGAGCUGGAACGUCAAAGACCUCAUCCCCAACGGAGAGUUCUACUUCAGAGUCCAGGCUGUCAACAAGGUCGGAGGAGGAGAGUUCAUUGAGCUCCGCAACCCGGUUAUCGCAGAGGACCAGAAACACGUCCCUGACCCGCCGGUGGACGUGGAGACACACAACCCCACAUCCAGCACUGUCACUCUGACCUGGAAGCCUCCCAUGUACGAUGGCGGCUCCAAGAUCAUGGGCUACAUCCUGGAGAAGCAGAUGAAGGGUGAGGACAAGUGGGAGAGGUGCAACGACUUCCUGGUGCCCGUCCUGUCUUACACCGUCAAAGGGCUGAAGGAGGGCAAGAUGUACACAUUCAGAGUCAAAGCCGAGAAUGCUGCUGGGCUCAGCGAGCCGUCACGCAACACGCCGUUUGUCAAGGCUUCGGAGGCCAUCGAUCCUCCGAAGGUCUUCCUGAGCGGCAGCCUGCAGUCCGGCCUCAGCUUGAGGCGCGGCUGUGACAUCUGCCUGGACGCCAACAUCUCUGGCGCACCGUACCCUGAGAUCACCUGGUACUGGAACAACAAGGUGAUCCGCCCAGAGCCGCUCCGCAAGAGGCCCGAGAGACCCCUGAAGAAGAAGGUGGAAAAGAAGGAGGAGAAGAAAGAGGAGGUAGAGGCCGAGAAGAAGGAGGGAGAGGAGAAGAAGGAGGAGGAGAAGAAGGAGGAGAAGAAAGAGGAGGUGGCAGAGCCUGAGGUGGAGGAGAUCGACUAUCCGACCAUUAAUGAACGUCUGACCAUCAACAACAGCCGCAGGGGCGUGUCCUCUGUCAUCAUCAAGGACUCGUACCGCCCUGACCACGGCGUCUACAUGGUGAAGGUGGAGAACGACCACGGCAUAGCCUCAGCAACCUGCGAGGUCAACGUGCUCGAUACACCCGGGCCUCCGGUGAACUUCAAAUUUGAGGAGCCGAGGAAGAACUCUGUGAUCUGUAAGUGGGAUCCUCCUCUGGACGACGGUGGCAGCGAGAUCCUCAACUACACCCUGGAGCAGAAAGACAACUCCAAGCUGGAGAUCGGCUGGAGCUGCGUCACCUCCAUGCUGACAGGAUGCCGCUUCCUGGUGCCCAAACUCAUCGAGAAGAAGGAGUACUUAUUCAGGGUCACCGCGGAGAACAGGUUCGGCGCGGGCCCGUACUGCGUCUCCAAACCACUUAUCGCCAAGAAUCCAUUCGACCCUCCUGAGGCCCCUGAUAAGCCAGAGGUUAAUGACAUCACAGCCGAAACCAUGCUGGUCACCUGGACCCCACCAAACGACAAUGGCAGCCCCAUCAUUGGCUACUGGGUGGAGCGCCGUGAGAUCAAUAGCUCACGCUGGACACGUGCCAACAAGAACAUUGUCCCAACCACUGAGCUGAACGUUGGAGGUCUAAUGGAGGGGCUGACUUACAUCUUCAGGGUGGCAGCUGAAAACCAGGCCGGCCCCGGAAAGUUCAGCAUCCCCACCGAACCCAAGAUGGCCCAGGCUCGCAUCCUGCCUCCUGGACCACCUAUUGCUCGAGUGGCCACGACCACCGACCACUCCAUUGAAGUAGAGUGGGACCCACCUGUUGACAACGGCGGAGGAGAGAUCAUUGGCUACCAUGUGGAAAAGUCUCUGGCUGGUUCCAAGGAAUGGUCCAGAGCUUCAGAGCAUAUGACGAGGGCCCGGAAUUUCACUGUCUACGGAGUCCGUGAGAAAGCCAAGUACAUGGUCAGAGUCAUUGCCUGCAACGCUGCCGGAGAGGGAACGCCAGGAUUCACAGAGGCUGCGAUUGUCAUGAAUCCAGCAGAGAUGCCAGUGAUUGAAAUGGACCUGGCCGUCAAGAGCGGCAUGAUUGUCAGAGCCGGAACGACACUCCUUAUACCUGCUAAAGUCACAGGUAAACCCUACCCAUUCAUUUCCUGGACCAAGGACGACGCCAAACUUGACAAAGACCGUGUGGAGGUCCUCACUGAGGGCGAAAACAGCAUCAUUUCAGUCCAGAAUUGCCAGAGGAAGGACUGUGGCAAAUAUACAAUUUCUGCUUGCAACCCCAGUGGCAUCAAGAAUGUUUCGGCUCGAGUGGAAGUAGUGGAUACUCCUGGACCUGUAACGGAUCUGAAGCCUGUUGUCGUCACUCGCAAGAUGAUCUUCCUUAACUGGGAUGACCCAGUGGAUGACGGCGGCAGUGAAUUGACCGGCUUCCUCGUGGAAAGAAAAGAAGGCAAGAUGCACACAUGGAGGCAACCUGUUGAAACCAUUUCAUCCAAGUGCGAGUGCUCGGGCAUCGUGGAGGGAAAGGAGUACAUAUUCCGUGUCUUUGCCAAGAACAAGUAUGGCUUGGGAGUGCCCGUAGAGCUGGAGCCCAUUCUUGCUGUUGACGCACAGGCCCCUCCAUCAAACCCUGAGAAGUUCAACUACACCGAGCGCACCAAAGAUUCCAUCACGCUGACCUGGAAGCCACCUCGUAAUGAUGGCGGCAGCCCUGUCCUUGGCUACAUUGUUGAGAAGAAGAGGCAAGACCAGCAGGUCUUCGAGCCAUGCAACAAGGAGCUCUGCACUGACUUGACCAUGACUGUGGGGGGCCUGGAGGAUGCCUGGCCAUAUGAGUUCAGGAUCAAGUGUGUCAACGCAUUGGGAGAGAGUGAGCCAACCAUCCCGUUGACAGUGAUCAUCCAAGACGAUGAAGUUCCUCCCGAGGUUCACAUGCUGACAAAGGGCGAGUCCAUUACUGUAAAGAAGGGUGAGCUCAUUGAGAUCCCUGCUGAUAUCAUCGGCCUCCCCAUCCCGAAGGUUGAGUGGGACAAAGAUGAUGUGGUGAUCGCUAAGCCCACUGAUGCUCUGCUGAUUGACACGGUGGUGACCGGCAGGCUGAACGCAAAGACCAAACUGUCCAUCCCAGAAGCCAACAGGAAGGACUGCGGCAGCUUCACUGUAACUGCCUCAAACAGUAUGGGCUCAGCCAAGCACACCAUCUAUGUUACGGUUUUGGACCGACCAACUCCACCCAGGAAUGUGACGGUGUCCAGCAUCAAGGCAGAGUGUUGCUACCUCAGCUGGGAUGCACCAGUGGAUAAUGGUGGCAGCGACCUGACCAAUUACAUUGUUGAGAAGAAGGAAGUGGUGACAGGGGAGCCGGAGCAGGAAGGUGAACCUCAGUGGGAGUUAGUUACCAACAGCAUCAUUGAGAAGAAAUACGGGGUGUGGAACCUGGAGAACAACAAGUCCUACAUGUUCCGGGUCAGAGCUGAGAAUCGCUACGGUAAAUCUGACCCCUGCGGAUCGAAGGAGGUCCAGAUCAUAGACCCAUUCGGCCUUCCUGGCCCACCAGAGAAACCAACCAUCGCAGAGUACUCGAGGACCACCAUGACCCUAACAUGGGAGCCUCCCAGAGACACCGGCGGCUCUAAGAUUAUCGGCUAUUGGCUGGAGAAGAGGGAGAAAGGCACUGCCUACUGGGCCAAAGUCAACAAGACGCCCAUCACCAAGAGGGGCAUGAAAGGCUGGGAGUACCAGACAAAUCGUCUUAUGGAAGGAACAGAGUAUGAGUUCAGAGUUGCUGCCACCAAUUCUGCAGGAACUGGACCAUUCAGCGGACCAUCUGACUCUGCCUUUGCUGUUGAUCCAAUCACUCCUCCAAGCAUGCCCGCCGCUCCUGUGGUGGCUGAUAAGACAAACCACAAUGUCACACUGUCCUGGAAGCCACCAGAGAGUGAUGGAGGAAGCCCGAUCAAAGGCUACAUCAUCCAGAUCCAGGAUGAGGGCAAAUCAGACUGGGCGAGGGUGAAUGACCUUGACAGCCUCAACCCCACCACUGAGUUCACCGUACCCAGCCUACGGCCGCUAAAACGUUACCGCUUCAGGAUCAUCGCCGUCAACGCCAUUGGGGAGUCUGACCCCAGCCCCCGCACCACUGAGGUUCUGAUUGAAGAUGUCCAGCUUGCACCUGCCAUCUCCAUCGACAUAUUGAUGGAGGACCUGCUGUGCAUCCCUGCUGGAGAUCCAAUCAGGAUCCCGGCCACCAUCAAAGGCCGCCCUGCUCCCAGGGUAACCUGGGACUUUGAUGGCAAAGCCCCGACGCACAAGAUCAACAAGCUGCACACAUUGCCAGUCGACUCCCAGGUUGAAUCUACAGACACAACGUCCGUUGUAAACAUCCCUGUCAGUCUGAGGAGCCACUCUGGACGCUACACCAUCACCGCCAAGAACAAGUCCGGACAGAAACAUGUUAACGUCAGAGUCAUCGUCCUCGACGUCCCCGGACCUGUAAAGGAGCUGAGGGUCACUGACAUCACCAGGUCAACCGCCAGGCUGAUCUGGAAACUCCCUGACAGCGAUGGAGGAGAGAGAAUCAAGAGCUACUUUCUUGAGAAGAAGAGUCUCGCUGACAAGGCCUGGACAACGGUGAAUGCAGCCUGUGCCAGCCAGGCCUUCGUGGUGCCAGGCCUACUGGAAGGUCAGAACUACCACUUCAGGGUCCGAGCUGAAAACAGACUUGGAUUCGGUCCAUUCACCAUCACCACUGAUCCCAUCCUGGCCAGAGACCCCAUCUUCCCCCCUGACCCUCCCACCAAGCUGAAGAUCAACCUGGUGACAAAGACCACCGUCACUCUGAGCUGGGAGCCUCCCAAAAACAACGGUGGUUCUCCAGUGAAGCAUUACAUCAUCGAGCGUUUGAGCUGGGACACCAGCGGCAAAGAGAAGGAGACGUGGAAGCAGUGCAACAAGAGAGACGUGGAGGACCUCACCUUCGUGGUGGAGGAUCUGAAGGAGGGAGGAGAAUAUGAGUUCAGAGUAAAAGCCGUGAAUGCCGCUGGACCAGGCCGACCCUCCGCCACCGUUGGACCCCUGAUCAUCAAGGAUCAGACAUUUGCUCCCACCAUUGAGCUGCGUGAGGCCAUGGAAGGCGAGGAGGGCUGUGAUGUCAGUGUUGUGGCGAAGGUGGCCGGCUGUCCGUUCCCCACGCUCACCUGGCAUAAAGCCAGUGUGGCGAAACCCGAGGAGAAGGCUCCCAUCCAGUAUGACCAGCAUAUGAACAAACUCGUGACCCACGAUAAGUGCACGCUGCUGAUCCAGCAGGCCAGCAGACACGACACCGCCCUCUACAGCCUGACGGCCUCCAACAUCCUAGGCAGCAUCACCAAGACGAUCAAGGUCUCCGUUUACGGACCUCCCAGUGCACCUAUUGGACCCAUCAAGUUCACUGAAGUGUUUGCGGAGAGGAUCGGCCUGGCCUGGAACCCUCCCACAGAUGACGGAGGAUCUAAGAUUACCAACUAUGUGAUUGAGAAACGUGAGGACAACAGGAAGUCCUGGGUCCACGUCUCCAACGACCCCAAGGAGUGUGCCUAUGUGGUGACCCGACUGACGGAGAACCACGAGUAUGAGUUCAGAGUCAUGGCCCAGAACAAAUUUGGAGUCGGUCCUCCUCUGGUCAGCGAGCCGGAGAAGGCCAGAAACCUCUUCACCGUCCCCGGUCAGUGUGAGAAGCCGACUGUAGAUGACGUCAGUCUGGAGUCGAUGACCGUCCACUGGGAUGAGCCCAAGUACGAUGGCGGCUCCCCCAUCACGGGCUACUUUGUGGAGAAGAAAGAGACCACCGCCAAGCGCUGGAUCCGCGUCAGCCGCGACCCAAUCCGAGCCCUCCCUCUGGGCAACAGCUGGUUUGUCACCGGCCUGCAGGAGGGCGCCAUGUACCAGUUCAGGGUCAUUGCUGUCAAUGCCGCCGGCUGCGGUCUGCCCAGCAUGCCCUCUGAUCCAACACUCUGCAGAGACCCCAUCAAGCCUCCCGGACCGCCCACUCCUAAGGUGACGGACUGGACAAAGUCGACGGUGGAGCUGGAGUGGAUCCCUCCUCUGGUGGAUGGAGGGUCAAAGGUCACGGGCUACAUCGCAGAGUUCAAGGAGGUGAACAAGGAGGAGGAGGAGAAGAAAGCUCAGAGGAAGCUGCUGUUGAGUGGCGCUGAGGAGGAGAAGGAGCCAGAGACCGACGAGGGCUGGGCAAAGGCGAAGGACACAGAGGUCAGAGGAACCAAAUACAUGGUGACCGGUCUGAAGGAAGGUGGUCUGUACCGCUUCAGAGUCCGAGCUGUGAAUGCUGCAGGAGUUGGAGAACCAGGAUAUGUGUCUGAGAUGAUCGAGGUCAAAGACAGAACAAUUCCUCCUGAGAUGGACCUGGACGCCUCAGUGAAGGAGAGGAUUGUGGUCCAUGCCGGCGGCACCAUCCGCAUCAUUGCCUAUGUGUCCGGUAAGCCCGCCCCGCAGAUCACCUGGUGCCGUGAUGACGCAGAGGUGCCCAAAGAGGCUGUGGUGGAGAAGACGGGCAUCUCCAAUUCACUGGUCAUAAAGAACUGCAAACGCCAACACCAGGGCAUCUACACGCUGAGCGCCAAGAAUGAGGGAGGAGAGAGGAGGAAGGCCAUUGUCGUGGAGGUCCUUGACGUUCCCGGACCCGUCGGUCUUCCCUUCGCUGGCGAGAAUCUGACCAAUGACUCCUGCAAGCUGACCUGGUCCUCCCCCGAGGACAAUGGCGGCUCGGCCAUCACCAACUACAUCAUUGAGAAGAGGGAGUCAGACCGCAUGGGCUGGACCUCAGUGUCCUACACGGUGACGAGGAACAAUGCCGUGGUGCAGGGACUCCUCGACGGCAAGGGCUACUUCUUUAGAAUCGCAGCCGAGAACAUCAUCGGCAUGGGACCUUUCAUCGAGACCGACAAGAUGGUUCUCAUCAAGGACCCCAUCUCGGUCCCGGAGCGUCCAGAGGACCUGAUCAUCACGGCCGUCACCAAGGACUCCAUCUCCAUCGCCUGGAGACCACCCAAGUAUGAUGGCGGUGCCGAGGUGACCGAGUACAUCCUGGAGACCCGCAUGGUCGGCCGGGACAGCUUUACACGAGUAGGUGGAGACACUAAGCUGAUGGACAGGAAGUUCACCCUGACAGGGCUGAAGGAGGGCUCGACCCACGAGUUCAGAGUUUCUGCCGUCAACCAGGUCGGAAAGGGUAAAUCCUCCUUUGCCACCAAACCUGUCCAGUGUAAGGAUGAGCUUGAACCGCCCACUCUGGACCUGGACUUCAGGGACAAGAUGAUGGUGAAAGUGGGAGACACCUGCACACUUUCAGGACGCUACGGCGGCAAACCAGCGCCAACAAUCACCUGGAAGAAGAAUGACGAGGAGCUGAAGGCGGAUGACGAGAUCAGUCUGCACAGCACUGCCCGCCACCUGAGCCUCACCAUCAGCAAGACCAAGAGGGAUCACAGUGGGCACUACGGUGUCAGCCUGGAGAAUGCUGCCGGAACUCGCACAGGAAUCUGCACUAUCAUUGUGGUCGACCGUCCACAACCUCCAGAGGGCCCUGUCAUAUUCAACGAGAUCUACAGGAACUGCAUGGUGAUCUCCUGGAACCCUCCGCUGGAUGACGGAGGCUGUGCCGUCUCCAACUACAUCAUUGAGAAGAGAGACACCAACAGAGACCUGUGGAUGCCAAUCACUGCCUCCUGCACCAGGACCACCUGCAGGGUGCCAAAGCUGAUCGAAGGUCGUGAUUACAUCAUCAGGAUCAUGGCUCAGAACAUCUACGGCAUCAGUGAGCCCCUGCUGUCCGCAGAAACCAAGGCCAGAGACAUCUUCAGGGUGCCCGACGCUCCUAAACAGCCCACAGUGAAGGAGGUCUAUCAUGACUCUGCCCUCAUCAGCUGGGAGCCACCUGCUGAUGGAGGAAAGCCAAUCACAGGCUACAUUGUGGAGAGGAAGGAGACCAUGGCCAAGAGGUGGGUUCGCUGCAACACAGACAGAAUCUUUCCGAAGGUAGAGUACUGGGUGACAGAGCUGCUGCAGGGCUGUGAGUACGAGUUCAGAGUCAGCGCUGAGAAUGUGGUGGGAGCCGGAGACCCGAGCCCACCGUCCAAACCUGUCUUCUCCAAAGAUCCCAUCGUGAAACCAAGUCCACCGCUGAACCUUGAGGCCAUUGACUUCACCAAGGAGUCAGUGACUGUGUCCUGGGAGCCGCCUGCUGACACUGGCAGAGGAAAGAUCUUCGGAUACCUGGUGGAGUACCAGAAGGCUGGAGAGGAGGAGUGGCUGCAGGGGAACCAGACUCCAGACUCCUGCCAGGAGACCAAGUUUAAAAUGGUCGGCCUGGCUGACGGAGCUCUGUACCGCUUCAGAGUCAUGGCCGUCAACGCUGCUGGAGUGUCUGAUCCGGCUAACUUGAAGGAGCCAAUCAGAGUGCAGGACAGACUUGAGCCCCCAGAGCUCAUUCUGGAUGCUUCAAUGACCCGCGAGGUGAAGGCCAGGGCCGGCACUCACAUCACUCUGAUGGCCGCCAUCAAGGGUGUCCCAUUCCCUACCGUCACCUGGAAGAAGAACGAUGCCGAGGUGCCCACCAGGGCUGACAUUGACACCAACACGGCAGGCACAAAGCUGGAGAUGAGGUUCUGUCACCGCGGUGACUGUGGAGAUUACACGCUUACCGUGGAGAACCCGGCCGGAUCCAAGACCGCCACCUGCACCGUGCUGGUUCUUGACAAACCUGGUCCCAUCCAGCACCUCCGGGUGUCUGAUGUCAGGAGCGACUCUGCCUACCUCUCCUGGAAGGACCCAGAGGACAACGGUGGUACUCGCAUCACUAACUUUGUGGUGGAGAAGAAAGACACGGCGUCCACUCAGUGGGUCCCCGUCUGCUCCACAUCCAAGAAACGCAGCAUGACGCUGAAGCACCUGAUGGAGGGCACAUCCUACACAUUCAGAGUUGCUGCUGAGAACAUAUACGGCCGGAGCGAAUAUGUCCAGACGCCAAAGGCCAUCAAGGCCAUGAACCCACUCUUCCCUCCUGGUCCUCCCAAAGACCUGCACCACACCGACGUGGACAAGACUGAGGUGUGGUUGGUCUGGAACUGGCCCGAUCGCAAUGGUGGAAGUGAGAUCACAGGCUUCCUGGUGGAGUAUCAGGAAGAGGGAGAGAAGGAGUGGUACGAGUGGAAGACUGUGAGCAUCCCUGAGAGUCAUGUGAAUGAAGGCUUGGAGGAGGGAAAGACCUACCGCUUCAGAGUGAGGGCUGAGAACGCCAUUGGCCUCAGCAGACCUGACACCACUGUGCCUAUCCUCUGCCAGGAGAAACUGAUUCCUCCAAUUCUCGAGGUGGACGUUAAGUUUACUGAGGGCAUCAUCGUAAAGGCUGGCACCACCAUCAGGCUGCCAGCAAUCAUGAGAGGAAUGCCUGUUCCCAGCGCCAAGUGGUCCAUCGAAGGAGAGGAGAUCAAAAGCCAGGGUAACACCAAGAUCGACACGGACAACUUCUCCACUGUGCUCAGCAUUAAUGAGUGCACCAGGAACCACACCGGCACCUACCUGCUCACUGUGUCCAACCCAGCUGGAACCAAGACGGCGGCCUUGAACGUCACUGUCCUGGAUGUUCCCGCUGCUCCCAUUGGACCUCUCAACAUCCUGGAGGUCACUCCGGACUCCAUGAUGAUUGAAUGGCGUCCUCCCAAAGACGAUGGCGGCAGCCCUGUCACCAACUACAUUGUGGAGAAGAGAGAGUCCAACAAGGGGACCUGGGGAGGUGUGAGCUCUGGCAGCCUUGCCACCAAGAUGAACAUCACCCGCCUCCAGAGGGGAGUCGAAUAUGUGCUUCGCAUUCGUGCUGAGAACAAAAUGGGCAUCGGUGCUCCUCUGGAGAGCAAGCCCACUGUCGCUGAGCACUCCUUCAUGCCACCCAGCCCGCCUGGCAAGCCACAGCCCUCUGAUAUUUCAGAGGAUUCUGUUACACUCGGCUGGACCAUGCCCCUGUCUGACGGAGGCAGCCAGAUCUUUGGCUACAUCAUUGAGCGCAGACACAAGGGAGGAAAAUGGAUCCGUGUAAACAGAAUACCCUGCAGGGACCUGAGGUACACAGUUCUGGGUCUGUUUGAGGGUAAUGAAUAUGAGUUUAGAGUAUUUGCUGAGAAUGUUGCCGGCUACAGUGGCCCCUCUCCUAUCUCCGACCCCUGCAAGCCCUGCAGGCCCAUCACCGUCCCCAGCCCCCCUGUAAACCCCAAACUUAAAGAUUGCAGCAAGUCCACUGCUGACCUGGUUUGGACCAAACCCAACAAAGAUGGAGGCAGCCCUAUCCUGGGCUACAGUGUGGAAAUGAAGAAGGCAGAUACUGAAGAAUGGAAAAAGGUGAACCUGGAGGACUUCAUCAAGCAGUGUGCCUAUACGGUGAAGGGUCUGGAGGAGGGUGUGACUUACAGAUUCAGAGUCUUCGCCUCAAACAUGAUCGGAGACGGAGAGCCCAGAGAAAUCCCAGAGUCCGUCACUGCUCAGGAUAUCCUGAUCCCUCCGGAGAUUGAGAUGGAUGCCAGCUGCCGCGAGCGUGUCACUGUGCGUGUCGGACACAACAUCAACAUCACUGGCUACAUCAAGGCUCGCCCCGACCCAGAAGUGCUUUGGUCAAAGGAGCAGACAGUUCUGGAGAAAAGCAAACGUGUCUUUAUCAUGCAGAACCUCCCUCUGGUCCAUCUGAGGAUCAAGGAAGCCACAAGAGAUGAUCAUGGAAAAUAUAUCCUGAAGGCUUCAAAUGAGGGUGGCGAGGCAUCUUGCACAAUCACAGUCAAUGUUCUAGACAGACCCACCCACUGCCAGAACCUGCAUACCACCUAUGCCACUAGGGACUCAUGCAUGAUCAACUGGGAGGCCCCCAAGGAUAAUGGUGGAUCCGAGAUCACCAACUACAUAGUGGAGUGCCGCGAGCCCAGCAUUAGCAUGUGGUCUAUGAUUACCUCCAACUGCACCAAUCGCAAGAUCAAGGCCAAGCUGAUGGAGGGCCAUGAGUACUUGUUCCGUGUCUGUGCUGUGAACAAGAUAGGCCCGGGACCCAGUGUGGAAACCAAGACCCCUCUGCUGGCAAUUGACCCCAUUGAGAAGCCUGGUGAGCCUGAGAACUUCAGAGUCACUGACAUUGGUAAGAACUACGUCUAUCUGAGGUGGAGGAAGCCUGACUAUGACGGUGGCAGCCUCUACCUUUCCUACAACCUAGAAUGCAAAACCAAAGAUGCUGAAGAGUGGGAGAAACUCAACACCGGCACUCUCACUAACACAUUCUUCUUGGCUGACAAGUGUGUAGAGAACCAGACAUACACCUUCAGGGUCCAGACUGUCAAUGAAGGAGGUGAAAGUGCUUGGGUAAAACUUGCUGAUAUUCUGGUGAAGGAGGAGUUGCAGAAGCCUGUCCUGGAUCUGAAGCUGGCUGGAGCUUUGACAGUGAAGGCAGGAGAGUCAGUCAGGAUGGAGGCUGGCCUGAGAGGAAAGCCUCAGCCUGAGGUCAAAUGGACGAAAGACAAGGCUGUCGGAGACAACCCAAGAAUCAGCGUGGAAACUGGCCCUGACUACUCCAAGUUCCUUAUGACCAAGUCCAGACGCACCGACAGUGGAAAGUAUAUCAUCACUGCCACUAAUUCGCUGGGCACCUUCACGGCAUAUGCCACCGUUAAUGUCCUGGACGUCCCCGGCCCAGUGAGGGACCUCAGGGUUACUGGCAUCGGGUCCGACAAGUGCAGAGUGGUUUGGGAUCCUCCAGAGGAUGAUGGAGGUUGUGAGGUGGACAGCUACAUCCUGGAGAAAUGUGAGACCAGGAGGAUGGUCUGGUCCACAUACUCAGACUCUGUGGUCACACCGUACUGCAAUGUUACUCGUCUAGUGGAGAACAACGAGUACAUCUUCAGAGUGAGGGCUGAGAACAAGAUGGGAACCGGCCCCGCCAUGGAGAGCAAGCCCGUCACUGUCAAGACUCAGUUGAACAGACCUGGACCCCCAGAUGCCCCUGAGGUCACCAAGGUCAGUAAAGAUGAGAUGACUGUUGUUUGGGCUCCUCCUGAGAAUGAUGGAGGAAAGUCUAUUACUGGCUACAUCCUGGAGAGGAAAGAGAAGAGGGCAGUGCGCUGGGUGCCAUGCACCAAGAGCCCCAUCUCUGAGAGACGCAUGAAAGUUGCCAACCUGAUCCCCAAUCAUGAGUACCAGUUCAGGGUGAAGGCUGAAAAUGAAGUAGGCCUGGGAGAGCCCAGCAAACCCUGCAGACCAGUUGCAGCCAAAGAUCCCAUUGAGCCCCCUGGCCCUCCUGCAGGCCUGAAGGUGGGCGACAGCACCAAGACGUCUAUCACCCUGUCCUGGUCUAAACCAGUGUAUGACGGCGGUGCACCCAUCAUCGGCUACAGCCUGGACAUGAGGCUGAAGAGCGAGGCAGACCCUGAGAAGCCCACUGAGGGCUGGAAGAGAAUUGACACCCGUGGCCCAUUGGUGCUCACAGAGUUCACCAUCGGCCAGCUGGAUGAGAAGCAGGAGUAUGAAUUCAAGGUGUCCGCCAAAAACCAAGUGGGCUGGGGACGUCAUGCCUACUUGAAGGAGGCCGUCUCCCCCAAGGAGAUCCUGGAGGCUCCAGAGAUUGACCUGGACGCCAGUCUGAGGAAAGGUCUGUCCGUUAGGGCUGGAUGUCCAAUCAGGCUUUUUGCUGUGAUCAGAGGAAGACCCGCCCCCAAGGUUACCUGGAAGCGCUUGGGUGUGGACAACGUGAUACGCCGAGGUCAUGUGGACCAGGUUGACACCAUGUCCUUCCUGGUCAUCCCUGAGAGCACCAGAGAGGAUUCUGGGAGAUACUCGCUGACUCUGUCGAACUCAGCCGGAGAGAAAGCCGUGUUUGUCCGUGUCAAAGUCCUUGAUACUCCUGGUCCCGUUGGUGGCCUGGAGGCAACCAAUGUUACCAAGACGACAGCUCAGCUGUCCUGGUUGCCACCAGAAAAUGAUGGUGGCAGCCCCAUCCUCAACUACAUUGUGGAGAAACGGGAGGUGGACCGGAAGACCUGGAACAAGUGUACAGAAGACCUGAAGAAGACUAGCUUUAAGGUGACCAACAUGACUCCUGGCAUCGAGUACUACUUCAGAGUCACAGCCUGCAACAAGUACGGCAUCGGAGUUCCUCAGGACUCACCCAAAUCCUAUCUGGCUGUUGACCCCAUCAGUGAGCCAGACCCUCCGAAGAAGAUGGAUGUGUUGGAGAUCACCAAGAAUAGCGCCACACUGGGCUGGCUGAAGCCACUCAGGGACGGAGGAGCCAAGAUCAAUGGUUAUGUGGUGGACUACCAGGAGGAGGGAGCGCCUGAGGACAAGUGGACACCUUAUUCUGUGGUCAGGGACCUGACCAUCGUGGUGGUUGGUCUGAAAGAGGGAAAGAAGUACAAGUUCAGAGUGGCAGCCAGGAACUCAGUGGGAGUCAGCCUGGCCCGAGAGGCAGAGGGAGUGUUUGAGGUCAAGGAGCAGCUCAUGGCUCCUAAGAUCAUCAUGCCAGACAUCAUGACGUUCAGAGCUGGAUCCAAGAUGGUGGUUGAGGCCAUUGUGGCAGGUAAACCCCCUCCCCUCUGCAAGUGGAAGCAAGGCAACGAGGAUGUGCUGACCUCUGACCGGCUGUCCGUUGUAAAGACGCUGACAUCCUGCACGCUUAUCAUCAAGAAUGUGACGAGAAAGGACAGCGGCUACUACAGCCUGUCAGCCGAAAACAGCACCGGCAAGGUCAACCAGAUCCUCAGAGUCACCAUCAUGGACAUCCCUGGACCCCCUGAAGCUCCUCUAGAGAUCACUGAACAGGACAUUGAUGCCUGCACGCUGCUCUGGAACUCCCCACCGGAGGAUGGCGGCAGCAACAUCACCAACUAUAUUGUUGAGAAGUGUGACAUCAGCCAGGGUGACUGGAUCACCAUGUCCCCAUCCUGCACCAAAACCAGCUUCAGAGUUACCAAACUGACACCUGGCAAAGAGUAUGGCUUCAGAGUCCGUGCUGAGAACAGGUUCGGCAUCGGUGCACCCAUCUACUCUGAGAGGAUGAUUGCAAAAUAUCCAUUUGAUCCUCCCAGCGAGCCCAGAAACCUGCAGAUCAACAAGGUCUUCAAGGACUUCGUCAUCCUGUCAUGGGAGCGUCCCAGCAAUGACGGUGGAACCCCCAUCACUGGAUACUGCAUCGAGAAGAAGGAGAGGAACAGCAUCCUGUGGGUGAAGGCCAACGAGUCCGUGGUCAAAGCCACCCAGUACACCUGCAGUGGCCUGAUGGAGGGCCUGGAGUACACCUUCAGGGUGUCGGCACACAACUUGGCUGGACAGGGCAAACCCUGCAAGCAGACCGACUUCAUCACCGCCAGGACUGCAGUUGACCCACCAGGUAAGCCCGAGCCCAUGGAUGUGACCAAGAACUCUGUCUUGCUUGUCUGGGGCCGUCCCAAGCAUGACGGUGGCAGCAAGCUGAUUGGCUACUUCAUGGAGUACAUGAAGCCUCCAGAGGAAAAGUGGGUACGCUGCAAUGCCAACUGCAUGAACAUCCAGACGGAAAGCUACGUGGUGAGUGGCCUGGAGGAAGGUCAGCGGUACCAGUUCAGAGUCAUUGCCAAGACGGCCAUCAAUACCAGCCUGCCAUCAGAGCUGUCCGACCCCAUUGCCAUCAUUGCAGAGAACGUUCCUCCUCGUGUGGAGCUUGGUGUCAAUAUGAAGAACCUGAUUGUGGUUAAAGCUGGAGAGAACAUCUCCCUGGAUGCUGAGGUGUUUGGCAAGCCACUACCCAAGGUUAGCUGGAAGAGAGACGGCGUGCCUCUGGUUCUCGCCGAAGGAAUGAAGAUGAGCCAGAAGAAACAUGUCCACCUGCUGGACCUGUUUUGUGUCACCAGGAGGGAAUCUGGAGACUACACCAUCACUGCUGAGAAUGCCCAUGGCUCCAAGUACGCCACCAUCAAGGUCAAGGUGCUUGAUAAACCAGGGCCCCCGGCCUCAAUCAAAAUCAGUAAGGUGUUUGCUGACCGCGUUAAGCUGCGAUGGGAGCCCCCACUCGCAGAUGGCGGCUCUGAGAUCACCAACUACAUCAUCGAGAAACGUGAGACCAGCAGAGCCAACUGGGCGCUGGUCACCUCCAACAUCCAUGGACAUAUCACAGACACCUCAGUGGAGAAACUCAUUGAAGGACAUGAGUAUCAGUUCAGAGUCAGCGCUGAGAACCAGUAUGGUGUGGGAGAUGUCAUCAUGACAGACCCUGUCAUGGUCAAGAACCCGUACGAUGUUCCCGGUCCAUGCGAGCCACCCGUCAUCACCAACAUCACUAAGGACUCCAUGACAGUGAGCUGGAAGGCUCCAGCCAACGAUGGCAAAUCCCCCAUCCUGGGCUACAUGGUGGAGAAACGUGAAGCCACUGAGCUGACCUGGGCUAAGGUCAACCGCCGGCCGGUCAUCGACAGGACCAUCAAGGCCGCUCAACUGACAGAGGGCUCUGAGUAUGAGUUCAGAGUCAUUGCCAUUAACAAGGCCGGUCUGGGCAAACCCAGUGAUGCAUCUAACGCUGCACUGGCUGUUGAUCCAGUCUAUCCUCCUGGCCCACCUGCCUUCCCCAAGGUGGUGGACUCCACCAAGAGCUCCAUCAGCCUCAGCUGGACCAAACCAGCGUACGACGGUGGCUGCGAGAUCAUCGGCUAUCUGGUGGAGUGCAAGAGAGUUGACGCAGAGCACUGGAAUAAGUGCAACAUCCCGAAAAAGCUCCAGGCCACCAAGUUCCUGGUGACAGGCCUGAUGGACAACACUGAGUACCAGUUCAGAGUUAAAGCCGUCAACAAGAUCGGUAUCAGCGAGCCCAGUGAAGUCCCUGGAAACCACAUGCCCAAGGACAUCCUGAUUGCUCCUGAAGCUGAGCUGGACGCUGACCUAAGAAAGGCUUUGGUUCUUCGAGCCGGAGUUACCAUGAGGCUCUACGUCCCAUUGAGAGGACGCCCGGCGCCGAAAGUGACGUGGACAAAGGUGGACGCUAACCUAAAGGAUAGGCAGGGUGUGCUGAUUAAGACAUCAGAAUGGGACACCCUGUUGAUGAUCGAGGACAUUAACAGAUACGAUGCUGGCAAAUAUGUCCUGUCGCUGGAGAACAGCAGCGGCGCCAAGAGCUACACCAUUGUGGUCAAGGUCCUCGAUUCUCCCGGACCACCCCAGAACCUGACUGUGAAGGAGACCUCCAGGAGCCACGCCUUCAUCACCUGGGACGCCCCGCUGAUUGACGGUGGCAGCCCAGUCAAGAGCUACAUCGUAGAGAAGCGCCUGGCUGAAAGAAAGGCCUGGACCUGUGUGGCGCCAAACUGCCACAAGAUCUCCUACAGGAUCACAAACCUGGAGGCGGGACAGGCCUACUGUUUCAGAGUGCUGGCUGAAAACGCCUACGGCAUCGGAGAGGGCUGCGAGACUGCCGGCAGCGUCCGAGCCUCAGAGCAACCUGGUCCAGUGAUGGAUUUCAAAGCCAAGAAGACCACCAAGAACUCGAUUGUCCUGGCCUGGAAGAAGCCCAUCAGCGAUGGAGGAAGCUACGUUUCUGCUUAUAUCCUGGAGCAGAGCGAAGGCGAGGAGAAGUGGAAACAAAUCAUGAAGGGAAAGAACACCACACACACCAUCAGCGAGCUGACUGAGGGCAAGGAGUACUUGUUCAGAGUCAAGGCACUCAAUGAGUCCGGAGAGGGACCACCCACUGAGCUUGCUGUCGUCGCCAAGGACCAGUUUGUGCUGCCUGACUGCAACUUGAGUAAUCUACAUGACGGUUGCUACGUGGUGAAGGAGGGUAGCACCACGCGCAUCAACAUCCCCCUUAUUGGAAUACCUCUCCCCACUGCUACCUGGAAGAGGGGCGACGUGGGGCUUGGCGACACUGGCCGAAUGUGCGUGGAGGCAUCCCAUGGUGUCACCACUCUGCUGAUCAGAGACUGCCAGAGAGGAGAUGCCGAGACCUACACCAUCAAUGUCAAGAACAGCGCUGGCUCCAAGGACUGCAAGUUCCAGCUGAAGGUGGUUGGUAAGCCUGGCAUCUGUACUGGACCCAUUAAGUUUGACGAGAUCACUGCCGAUGCCAUGACCCUGGAGUGGGGACCGCCUGCAGAUGAUGGUGGUGCAGAAGUGUCCAACUACAUUGUGGAGAAGAGGAGGACAACAGACAACAAGUGGGCCACAGUGGCUUCAGCUAUUCAGAAGACCACCAUGAGGGUGAUCAGGCUCCAUGAGGGAAUAGAGUACAUCUUUAGAGUGUUUGCUGAGAACAAGUAUGGAGUUGGAGAGUAUCUGAGGUCUGACCCAGUCAUUGCCCAGCAUCCAUUUGAUGUGCCUGGGGCACCUGCUCCUCCAGAAAUAGCGAGCAUCCGCAAUGAGUCAGCCAUCUUGACUUGGGCUGAUCCAAAGGACAGCGGUGGCUCCCCAGUUACUGGAUAUCAUGUGGAGUUCAAGGAGAGGAACAGUCUGAUGUGGAAGCGGGCCACUAAGACUCCUCUGAGACUGAAGGAGUGCAGAGUUACUGGCCUGAUCGAGGGACUAGAGUAUGAGUUCAGGGUGAUGGCCAUGAACAUGGCCGGCUUAGGAAAGCCAAGCAGGGUUACUGAGGCUGUGGUUGCCCUUGAUCCUAUCGAUCCUCCUGGCAAGCCUGAAGUGAUUAAUGUCACCAGGACCACAGUCACUCUGAUAUGGACUGCUCCCAAAUAUGAUGGUGGCCACAAGCUGACUGGCUACAUGGUGGAGAAGCUGGAGGCUGGCGGCAAGACCUGGAUGAAGGCCAAUCAUGUUAACAUCCAGAUUUGUGCCUUCACUGUCAGUGACCUGACAGACGGAGCUCAGUAUCAGUUCAGGAUAAGGGCCAAGAAUUCUGCCGGAUCUAUCAGUCCUCCCUCAGAGGUUACUGAGCUUCUGACCUGCAAGGAUGAGUAUGAGCCACCGACCAUCACCAUUGACCCAGACAUGAAGGACGGUGUAUCAGUCAAGGCAGGAGACACCAUUGUGAUCUCAGCCUCCAAGAUUGUGGGCAAACCUCCACCCACUGCUGUCUGGUCGAAGGGAGGCCGUGAGUUCAAGACCUCUGACGUUGUCACCAUCACUAGCACCCCAACCUCCUCCACUCUUGCUAUCAAGUACGCAAGCCGGAAGAACACAGGAGAAUACACCAUCACUGCCAGCAAUCCCUUUGGCAUUAAGGAAGAACAUGUAAAGGUGAAGGUCCUUGAUGUGCCUGGAGCUCCAGGCCCCAUCGAAGCCAGUAACAUUUCAGCUGAGAAGUGUACUCUGACCUGGCUUCCACCAGAGGAGGAUGGAGGCUCCGCUAUCAAGUCCUACACCCUUGAAAAGAGAGAGACCAGCCGCCUGCAGUGGACCAAGUUAGCUGAAAACAUUGUGGACUGCAGACAUGUAGCCCACAAACUGAUCAAGGGCAAUGAGUACAUCUUCAGGGUGUUUGCUGUGAACCAGUAUGGCAUCGGAGACUCAAGCCAGUCUGGUCCAAUCAAAAUGGUUGACAGUUUCAGCCCACCAGGCCCACCCUCAGUCCCAGAGAUUGAUAACGUCAGUAGGAACGCGGUCACCAUUUCAUGGAAGAGACCAGUACAGGAUGGAGGAAGUGACAUUAGAGGAUAUUGUGUCGAGAGGAAAGAGAGGAAAGGAAUGCGAUGGGUGAGAGCCUCUAAGAGGACAAUCCCUGACCUUCGCUUUAAGGUGCAGGGCCUAACUGAGGGAGUAGAGUAUGAGUUUAGAGUCACUGCUGAGAACAAGGCUGGAUUUGGGGAGCCAAGUGAGCCCACACACCCUGUGAUGACCAAGGACAUUGUGUAUCCACCUGGUCCUCCAUCCAACGCCAGAAUUACAGACACCACAAGAACCACAGCUACCUUCGCCUGGGGCAAACCCCACUAUGAUGGUGGUCUUGAUGUAGAGGGAUAUAUUGUUGAGUACAAAAAGGAGGGACAUGAUGACUGGGAAGUGGAGACACAGUAUCCAGUAAAAAAUACUGAAUAUGUUAUUGGUAAACUUCAAAAAGGAGGCAAAUACCAUUUCAGGGUCAGCGCUAUAAACUCAGAGGGCGUUGGCGAACCUGCAGAGAUUGAGAAAGUGACUGAACUGGUGGACCAGGAGUCUUUGCCAGACUUUGAGCUGGAUGCUGAAUUAAGGAGAACCCUGGUGGUCAGGUGCCGUGCUUCAAUCCGUAUGUUUAUUCCCAUCAAGGGUCGUCCUGUUCCUGAAGUAACCUGGAGCAAAGAUGAUACCAACCUGAAAACACGUGCACAUAUUGACACCACAGAGUCCUACACUCUACUGGUUAUUCCUGACUGCACUCGAUACGAUGCUGGAAAAUACAACCUGUGUCUGGAGAAUGUUGCUGGAAAGAAAACCGGCUUUGUUAAUGUGAGAGUUUUGGACACUCCAGGACCACCAGUCAACGUCAAGCCGAGAGAGAUCACCAAGAACAGCAUCACCCUCCAGUGGGAAAUCCCUAUAAUCGAUGGUGGUUCUAAGAUUAAGAACUAUGUUAUUGAAAAGAGAGAGGCUACCAAGAAAGCCUACACAGUGCUUAGCACUACAUGGCAGAAGUGUUCCUUCAAGUUUACAGACCUUGAGGAGGGAGCUUACUACUAUUUCCGUAUCUCUGCUGAAAAUGACCUGGGUGUAGGCGAGCCCGCUGAAUCCCCUGAGCCAAUCAGGGUGUCCCAGGCCCCAUCUCCACCAGAAAACUUGUACGUCACAGAUGUGACAGCUGACAGUGCCAGCCUGGCAUGGACCAAGCCCUUGCAUGAUGGUGGCAGCUUGAUCACUGGAUACGUCAUUGAGGCCCAGAAGAAGGAUACUGACCAGUGGGUCCAUGUGGCCACCAUAAAGGCUCUGGACUACAUUGUAACAGAUCUGAUUGAGGGUGCAGAAUAUACCUUCCGCAUAAUGGCUGUCAAUGCAUCAGGCAGGAGCGACCCACGUGAAAGCAGGCCUGCUAUUAUCAAAGAGCAGACUUCUCCUCCUUCAUUUGACUUGCGUGGAGUCUAUCAGAAGACGGUUAUUGUCAAGGCAGGGGACCGUGUCAAGGUGGAGAUUCCAGUGCUGGGCAAACCCAGACCUGUGGUUUCCUGGAAGAAGGGAGACAUAGCACUCAGGGAGACACAGAGAAUCAACACUGAAGUCACACCAACAUCGACUAUCCUCAACAUUAAUGAGAUCAAGAGGACUGAUGCAGGCCAGUAUUCUAUGACUGGAAAGAACAUGCUGGGUACAGUGACUGAGACGAUCACAGUCCUGGUCCAUGACAUUCCAGGUCCUCCCACUGGUCCCAUCAAGCUGGAAGAGGUCUCCUGUGAUUAUGCUCUCAUAUCCUGGGAGGCACCAGAAAGUGAUGGCGGUGUUCCCAUCAACAACUAUAUUGUUGAGAUGCGGGAGACUACUGGUACUUCCUGGGUGGAGUUGGCAGCUACAGUAAUCCGCACCACAUUUAAAGCAGCCAGGCUCAAUACUGGAACUCAAUAUCAGUUCCGUGUCAAGGCCCAGAACAGAUAUGGCAUUGGACCAAGCAUUAUCUCUGAGCCAGUGGUUGCUGCCUAUCCAUUUGAUGUGCCAGGCCAGCCAGGCAUUCCUGUGGUCACAUCUUUUAACAAGGAUGCUAUGACUCUGAGCUGGAAUGAGCCUUCCUCUGAUGGAGGCAGUCCCAUCCUUGGCUAUCAUGUGGACAGAAAAGAGAAAAACAGCAUUCUAUGGCAGAGGAUCAGCAAAGCUCUUGUUAUCGGAAAUAUCUUCAAAUCAACAGGCCUUGUUGAUGGAAUUGCAUAUGAACACCGUGUUACUGCUGAAAACAUGGCCGGUCUCAGCAAACCAAGCAAACCCUCUGAGCCUAUGUAUGCUUUGGACCCAGUUGACGCACCAGGCAGGCCUGUGGCAUUGAAUAUUACCAGACAUGAGGUGACAGUGUCAUGGACCAAACCAGAGGGAGAUGGUGGAUUUUCCAUCACUGGAUACACAAUAGAGAGGAGAGAGAUGCCCAAUGGACGCUGGCUCAAAGCCAACUUCAACAACAUCCUAGAAACCAUCUACACAGUCAGUGGUCUGACCGAAGAUGCAACUUAUGAAUUCCGUGUGUUUGCUAGAAAUUCAGCUGGUGCUGUUAGUGCUCCAUCCCAGCCAUCAGAGGCAAUCACAUGCAGAGAUGACCUUGAAGAGCCCAGGCUUGAUGUUGACGCAUUGUAUAGCAGCAAUGUUAUUGUCAUGGCAGGAGAGGUAUUCAAGCUGGAGGCCAGUGUGACUGGCAGGCCCCUCCCAUCUCUGGUAUGGACCAAGGAAGGAAAGGAGCUUGAGGAUACAGCCAAGAUAGAGAUAAAGACAACAGACUUCCACACAACUCUGGUAAACAAAGAUUCCCUGAGAAGAGAUGGAGGUGCUUAUACUCUGACUGCCAGCAAUCCCGGUGGCUUUGCAAAGUUCACCUUUAAUGUCAAGGUGCUCGACAGACCUGGACCACCAGACUCCCUCACUGUUACUGACGUCACUGCUGAGAAAUGCGUCCUUAACUGGCUGCAUCCAACACAUGAUGGUGGUGCCAAGAUCGAAUACUUUAUCAUUCAGAGGCGUGAGACCAGUAGGUUGGCAUGGACAAAUGUGGCCACAGACCUUCAGGCAAACAGGUUCAAGGUCACCAAGCUUCUGAAGGGCAAUGAGUACAUCUUUAGAGUCAUGGCUGUUAACAAGUAUGGUGUAGGUGAACCCCGGGAGUCUGAACCUAUCAUUUGUACCAACCCCUAUGUCCCCAGUGACCCACCACAGCAGCCUGAAGUUACCACCAUUACCAAGGACUCCAUGGUUGUCUGCUGGGAGCGCCCUGAACACGAUGGAGGCAGCAGUAUAAACACCUACAUAAUUGAGAGAAGGGAUAAGACUGGCCUGCGCUGGGUAAAGUGCAACAAGAGGACUGUAACUGACCUGCGAUUCAAGGCCUCUGGCCUCACACCUGGACAUGAGUAUGAAUUCAGAGUUUUUGCACAGAAUAAUGCUGGUCUAAGCCAGCCUAGUCCUUCGAGUCCAUUCUACAAAGCUGAGGACACCAUCUUCCAGCCUGGACCUCCAGGGAAUCCCAGAGUUCUUGACACAACCAAGUCUUCCAUUACCCUUGCCUGGAACAAACCUGUCUAUGAUGGCGGUUCAGAAAUCACUGGUUACAUAGUGGAGACCUGCCUUCCUGAGGAGGAUGAGUGGACUAUUCACACUCCCAAAAAGGGAUGGGUAGCCACUUCCUUUACCAUCACCAACUUGAAAGAAAACCAGGAGUACAAAAUCAACAUCUGUGCCACUAAUUGUGAGGGAGUGGGAGAGCCUGCUGCUGUUCCUGGAACCCCUAAGGCUGAAGACAGAUUGCUUCCUCCAGAAAUUGAACUUGGAGCAGAGCUGCGUAAGGUGGUCUGCAUCCGAGCCUGUAGCACACUCAGACUCUUUGUUCCCAUUAAGGGUAGACCAGUACCUGAAGUUAAAUGGUCAAGAGAGCAUGGAGAAUCUCUGGACCGAGCUAACAUUGAAAUCACUUCAUCAUUCACCACCCUUCAGAUAGACAAUGUUGACAGAUUUGAUGCAGGUAAAUACAUAGUGACUGUGGAGAAUGCCUCGGGAAGUAAAUCAGCCUUUGUUAAUGUCAGGGUGCUAGACACUCCCGGAGCACCACAGAACCUGAUUGUCAAGGAGGUCACCAAAGAUUCAGUUUCCCUUGUUUGGGAUGCACCUCUCAUUGAUGGUGGCUCCAGGGUCCGCAGCUACAUUGUUGAGAAGCGUGAGUCAACCAGAAAGGCCUACUCAACAGUCUGUGCCAGCUGCCCUAAGUCUAGUUGGAAGGUUGGUAACUUGGAGGAAGGAAAGAUGUACUCUUUCAGAGUCCUGGCUGAGAAUGAAUUUGGCAUUGGCCUCCCAGUAGAGACUGUUGAACCAAUUAAAGUGUCUGAGAAACCUCUACCACCAGGCAAAGUGUCCGUUCGUGAAGUUACCAGCUCCAGCGUCACACUAACUUGGGAAAAGCCUGACCAUGAUGGUGGCAGCAGAAUCACAGGGUACAUUGUUGAAAUGCAGGGUAAAGGCAGUGAGAAAUGGACCCAGGUCAUGGUGGUAAAGACCAAUGAGGCUGUUGUAACUGGCCUUACACGGGGAGAGGAGUACAUGUUCCGUAUCUCAGCCGCCAAUGAAAAGGGAGUUAGUGACCCACGUCCACUCAAUGUGCCUGUUGUGGCUAAAGACCUAGUCAUCUCACCAACCUUCAAACUUCUUUUCAGCACAUUUAGUGUGCUAGCAGGAGAUGAUCUGAAGAUAGAUGUACCAUAUGUUGCCUGUCCCAAGGCUACAGCAACUUGGCUCAAAGAUGGUGUUGCUCUCAAGGAGACAACAAGAGUUAAUGCUGAAGCCACUGACAAAAACCUUCUCCUGGUUAUUAGGGAUGCUUGCAGAGAUGAUGUGGGCACAUAUACUGUCAAACUGAACAAUAUAGCUGGAGAAGCAUCAACAGACAUCAGUGUUGUUGUUCUAGAUAAGCCUGGACCCCCAACUGGCCCAAUUAAGUUGGAUGAAGUCACUGCUGACAGUGUGGUCCUUUCCUGGAAUCCACCAGAGUAUGACGGUGGUUGUGCUAUCAACAAUUACAUUGUUGAAAAGAGAGACACAUCUACCACUAACUGGCAGAUUGUCUCAGCUACUGUGGCCAGAACCACUAUCAAGGCAGCCCGUCUUAAGACUGGAGUUGAGUACCAGUUUAGAAUUGCUGCAGAGAAUAGAUAUGGCAAGUCCUCAGUGCUGGUUUCUGAUACCAUUGUUGCUCAGUAUCCAUUUGAAGUACCUAGCUCACCACGUUCUGUUGUGGUCCAGUCAGUCACCAAGGAGAGUAUGGUGGUUGUAUGGGAGAAACCUAGCAAUGAUGGUGGAAGCAAAAUUCUGGGCUACCACUUGGAGCUUAAAGAGAGAAACAGUAUACUGUGGGUGAAACAGAAUAAACAACUUAUCCCAGAGACCAGAUUUAAGGCUGUUGGCCUUGAGGAGGGUAUCGAUUAUGAGUUCAGAGUCUAUGCUGAGAACAUUGUUGGUGUCAGCAAAGCCAGCAAAGUGAGUGAAAUGCAAGUGGCCAGAGAUCCUUGUAACAGACCAGGAAAACCAGAAGCUGUGAUUGUCACAAGAAACCAAGUGACACUCAGAUGGACUAAACCUGAAUACGAUGCAGGCAUCAAGAUCACAGGCUAUGUGGUUGAGAAAAAGGAAGGAGCUGGCCGAUGGAUGAAGGCCAGUUUCACCAACAUCUUAGAUACAGAAUUUGUUGUCACAGGACUUACUGAGGAUCAGAUUUAUGAGUUCCGUGUCAUCGCCAGAAAUGCAGCAGGUGUCUUCAGCCAGCCAUCUGAUUCUACUGGAGCCAUCACUGCCAAGGAUGAGGUGGAUCCACCCAGGAUUGACUUAGAUACUAAGUACUCCCAGGCUGUGGUGGUAAACGCUGGAGAGACAUUUAGGCUUGAGGCUGCUAUCUAUGGUAAGCCUGUGCCCACAGUACACUGGCUGAAGGAGGGCCAAGAAAUUACUGAAGCAGCUCGCUUAGAGCUCAAGAACACAGACUUUACAGCUUGUCUAGUUGUUAAAGAAGCUAUCCGUGUUGAUGGAGGUCAGUACACUUUACUCAUAAAGAAUGUUGGAGGAGAGAAAUCUAUUAACAUUAAUGUAAAGGUCCUGGACAGACCAGGUCCCCCUGAAGGCCCUGUCUCCAUCUAUGGGGUCACCAGUGAGAAAUGCUCCAUUGCCUGGAAACCUCCCUUGCAAGAUGGAGGUAGCGAUGUUUCCCAUUACAUUGUUGAGAGAAGGGAAACCAGCCGACUAGUAUGGACAGUAGUUGAACCAAAAGUUCAGACACUAAACCUGAAGAUCACAAAACUUCUUCCUGGUAAUGAGUACAUCUUUAGAGUGAUUCCUGUCAACAAAUAUGGAGUUGGUGAGCCUCUGGAAUCUGAGUCAAUGGUUGCCAAAAAUCCAUUUGUCACUCCCAGCCCACCAACAGAGGUAGAAGUCUCCACAAUCACCAAAGACUCCAUGGUAGUGACCUGGGAGAGACCAACUAAUGAUGGUGGCAGUCCUAUCCAGGGAUACAUUGUUGAGAAACGUGACAAGGACGGUGUGAGAUGGACUAGAUGCAAUAAGCGCACAGUGAGUGAGCUGCGCUUCAGAGUAACAGGCCUCCUAGAAAACCACAGCUAUGAAUUCAGAGUUGCUGCUGAAAAUGCUGCAGGUGUUGGCACACCUAGUGCACCAACAGUGUACUACAAAGCAUUGGAUCCUAUCUUCAAAGCAGGUCCACCAAACAACCCCAAGGUGGUGGACACAUCUAGGUCCACUGUUUCCCUGACAUGGGGCAAACCUAUCUAUGAUGGUGGUUGUGAGAUUCAGGGUUACAUUGUUGAGGCCUGCAAUACAGUAACUGAUGAGUGGUUUAUGUGCACUCCUCCAACUGGCAUCAAGGACACUAAGUUUACAGUUAAAAAGCUUCUUGAGAAGCACGAGUACCAAUUCAGAGUGUGUGCCAUCAACAAAGUUGGUGUUGGAGAGCAUGCUGAUGUUCCAGGAAAAAUUCUACUGGAGGAGAAGCUUGAGGCUCCCGAUCUUGACCUGGAUGCUGAUAUGAGAAAGAUGAUCAACAUAAAAGCAGCAAGUACUCUCAGGUUGUUUGUUCCUGUGAGAGGUCGCCCAGCUCCUGAGGUGAAAUGGGGCAAGGCUGAGGGCGAGAUUAAGGAGACUGCUCAGAUUGACUGUACGGGCAACUAUGCUUCACUUGUCAUUGAGAAUGUUGACAUAUUUGACACUGGCAAGUACACCCUGACUGCAGAGAAUGCCAGCGGAGUGAAGUCAGUCUUUAUCAGUGUCAGAGUCCAGGACGCACCUAGUUCACCAACUAACUUGUUGGUGAAAGAGAUUACAAAGAAUUCUGUCAGUCUCACAUGGGAGCCUCCACUUCUGGAUGGUGGCUCAAAGAUAAAGCAUUAUAUCGUUGAAAAGCGUGAGAGCACUAGGAAAGUUUAUUCUCCAGUUACCACCUGUAACAGGAUGUCAUGGAAAGUUGAGCCUCUUCCAGAGGGUGGAAUCUUCUUUUUCAGAGUCCUUGCUGAAAAUGAAUAUGGUGUGGGUCUCCCCAUUAAAACUACAGAACCAAUUAAGAUAUCUGAAAAGCCUCAGCCACCUGGUAAAGUCAGUGUUGUUGACGUCACUCGUAACUCUGUAACUCUAAGCUGGGAGAAGCCUGAGCAUGAUGGCGGCAGUAGGAUCAGUUACUAUGAAAUUGAACUGGCACCUAAGGACAGUGAAACUUGGUCUGUGUGCGCUAGUGGGAAGGCACUGGAAGCUGUAGUGACAAAUCUACUUAAGGGAGAGGAGUAUCAGUUCAGAGUUAUUGCUGUAAAUGACAAAGGUAAAAGUGACCCCAGACAACUGGUUCAAACAGUUGUAGCAAGGGACCUUGUGAUUGAGCCUGCUGUUAGACCCAAAAUGAGCACCUACCAUGUCCAGGUGGGGUAUGAUCUCAAGAUAGAGGUCCCAGUUGCUGGUCAUCCAAAACCAACCAUCACUUGGACCAAGGAUGGAGCAGCUCUCAAGCAAACCACCAGAGUCAAUGUCACUGACUCACCACGUCUCACCACUCUCACCAUAAAGGACGCUACCAAGGAGGAUGGAGGCAUGUACAGCAUCAGUGUUACCAAUGCCCUGGGUUCCAAGGAUGCUACAAUUGAAGUGAUCACCCUGGACAAACCAGGUCCACCAACAGGCCCUGUCAAAUUGGAGGACAUCAGUGCUGAGAGUAUUACUCUUAGCUGGGAUUCUCCUACAUAUACAGGUGGCUGCCCAAUCUCCAAUUACGUGGUUGAGAAGAGAGAUACAACCACAACCAACUGGGUGGUUGUAUCUGCCACUGUGGCCAGAACCACACUAAAAGUGACCAAUCUGAAGACAGGCAGUGAAUACCAGUUCAGAAUCUAUGCUGAGAAUAGAUAUGGAAGGAGUUAUGCAAUUGAUUCAGAGCCUGUUGUGGCACAGUACCCAUUCCAGGAGCCUGGCCCACCAGGAACACCAUUUGUAGCUUCAUAUGCUAAAGACUAUAUGGUGGUUGAGUGGCACAAACCCCCAUCUGAUGGAGGCAGUGCCAUUUUAGGCUAUCAUCUGGAGAGGAAAGAGAAGAACAGUAUCCUCUGGACCAAGAUCAACAAAAUGCUCAUCCAAGAUUGCAGGUUCAAAUCUACUCCUCUUGAGGAAGGCAUUGAGUAUGAGUACAGAGUUUAUGCAGAGAAUAUUGUUGGCAUUGGAAAAUGCAGCAAAGUCUCUGAAGUGUAUGUAGCCCGCGACCCAUGUUAUCCUCCUGGCCGUCCUGAUGCUGUGAUUGUGACCAGGCACUCAGUGAAGCUGAGAUGGACCCCUCCAGAGUAUGAUGGUGGAAGCUUGGUUACUGGCUAUGUAGUGGAGAAACGUGACCUUCCUGAAGGAAAGUGGAUGAAGGCCAGCUUUGCAAACGUCAUUGAACAUGAAUUCACAGUUACUGGCCUGGCAGAAGACAGUAAAUAUGAUUUCAGAGUAAUUGCAAGGAAUGCAGCCGGUGCUGUCAGCAAGCCCUCAGAAAGCACAGGAUCCAUCACAGCCAAGGAUGAAGUUGACCCACCUAAGUGUGAGACAGAUCCUAUGUACAACCAGACCAUUGUUAUCAAUGCUGGAGAGACUUUCAGUCUGGAGGCCAGUGUGGAAGGAAAGCCCAUCCCCACAGCUCAGUGGUUCAAGGGAAAUGUUGAAGUUGAAAACUCAGCAAGAGCUGAGAUCAAAAAUACAGAUUUCAAGGCUUUGCUGGUUGUGAAGGAUGCCAUCAGAGUGGAUGGUGGACAGUACACGCUGGUUCUAACUAAUGUGGCUGGAACUAAGACUGUUCCAUUCAGUGUAAAGGUCCUGGAUAGACCAGGCCCCUCAGAGGGACCUAUUACUGUCAGCAAUGUCACUGAGGAGAAGUGUUCACUGUCAUGGCUGCCUCCCAGGCACGAUGGAGGAGCUAGCAUUUCUCACUACAUCAUUCAGAAGAGAGAAACCAGUCGCUUGGCAUGGACUGUGGUCUCCAGUGAUUGUGGAGCUACCAUGAUUAAGGUUACCAAACUGUUGAAGGGCAAUGAGUACAUCUUCAGAGUCAUGGCUGUUAACAAAUAUGGUGUGGGCGAGCCUCUUGAGUCAGCAGCAGUUAUCAUGAGAAAUCCGUUUGUUCCUCCUGGCUCACCUCAGGAGUUGGAGAUCACCAACAUUACUAGGGACUCCAUGACUGUCUGCUGGAACCGCCCUCAGACCACUGGAGGCAGUGAGAUUGUUGGUUAUAUUGUUGAGAAGAGAGACAGAGCUGGAGUGAGAUGGACCAAGUGCAACAAACGCAGAGUGACAGACUUGCGUUUCAGAGUAACAGGACUGACUGAGGACCAUGAGUAUGAAUUCAGGGUAUCUGCUGAGAAUGCUGCUGGAGUGGGUCAACCAAGCCCACCUACACCAUACCUCAAAGCCUGUGACCCCAGCUUUGAACCUGGUUGUCCUUCCAAUGUCCAUGUGGUCGACACGGCCAAAGACACCAUCACUGUAGCCUGGCACCGGCCUAUCUAUGAUGGUGGUUGUGAGAUUCAAGGAUAUGCAGUGGAAAUUACCAAGGCUGAUGAGGAGGAGUGGACCAUAUGCACCCCACCCAUGGGAGUUAAUGCAACCAAGUUUACCAUCAAAAAGUUGAUAGAGCACCAGGAAUACAAGGUGCGCAUAUGUGCCAUCAAUAAGCUUGGUGUUGGUGAGCCCACUGAGCUCGAGGGAGUUGUGAAACCUUUGGAUAAGAUUGAUCCUCCAGAGAUGAUUUUAGAUUCAGAGCUCAGGAAGGGAAUAGUUGUCCGUGCAGGAGGCUCAAUGAGAAUCUGCAUUCCAUUCAAGGGCCGUCCUACUCCUGAGAUCACCUGGGCCAAGGAGGAUGGAGAACUGCCCACUAAAGUUCAGAUAGAGAGUGGUGAAGAAUAUACACAGCUCUCCAUCGACAUCUGUGACAAAUAUGAUGCUGGAAAAUACAUCCUCAAAUUGGAAAAUAGUGCUGGCACCAAAUCAGCCUUUGUCUCAGUUAGAGUUCUUGACACUCCAGGGGCUCCUCUGAAUCUAACAGUUAAAGAUAUUAAGAGAGAAAGUGUCACUCUGACCUGGGAGCCUCCUCUUAUUGAUGGUGGUGCAAGAAUCAAGAAUUACUUGGUUGAAAAGCGCGAGUCUACCAGAACAGUUUAUUCUAAUGUGGACAACAAGUGCACAAAGACAAGCUACCGUGUCACUGGCCUCACUGAGGGAACUAUCUACUAUUUCAGAGUCUUAGCGGAGAAUGAGUUUGGUGUGGGACAGGCAGCUGAGACAGAGGACUCAGUUAAGACCUCUGAGCCUCCUCUGUCAGUGGGUAAGGUCACUUUGACUGAAGUGACCAAAAAAUCUGCCUCACUCUCUUGGGAGAAGCCAGACCAUGAUGGAGGCAGCAGGAUCAUGGGCUACUACAUUGAGAUGCAGCCUGUGGGUUCAGAGGAAUGGGUGGUGGCCGCCACAACCAAAACUUGCGACGGCACUGUUACAGGCCUUAGCCCAGGCCAUGAGUAUCUGUUUAGAGUGUCAGCUUUCAAUGAGAAGGGCAAGAGUGACCCCAGGCCUCUGGCUGCCCCAGUCACAGCUAAAGACGUAACUAUUGAGCCCAGAUUCAAGAUGACAUUCAACACUUACAGUAUACAGAAUGGUGAGGAUCUGAAGAUUGAGAUUCCAGUGAUUGGACGCCCUGUUCCCAAAGUUGAAUGGAAGAAGGAUGGGCAGGCUAUUAAGGAGACAACCAGACUAAAUGUAUCCAGUACACCAUCAUCUACUAAGCUGGCCAUCAAGGAUGCAAAUAGGGAAGACUCUGGUAAAUACACCAUCACCGCCACCAGCAGUGUUGGAACAGCAACAGAGGAGAUCACUGUCAUCAUUCUUGAUAAGCCUGGCCCACCCACAGGCCCUGUGAAGAUUGAGGAGGUGAGCUCUAAUUUUGUCACUUUCUCCUGGGAGCCACCAGAGUAUACUGGAGGCUGUCAGAUCAACAACUACAUUGUGGAGAAGAGAGACACCACCACGACUGCAUGGCAGAUUGUGUCUGCUACUAUUGCCAGGUCAACUAUCAAAGUCACUAACUUGAAGACUGGCACUGAGUAUCAAUUCAGAGUGUCUGCUGAGAAUAGAUAUGGAAAGAGUUCUGCCAUUGUCUCUCCCACUGUUAUUGCUCAGUAUCCAUUCAGUGAGCCUGCGGCCCCAGGAACACCAGUUGUUUCUGCUGCAACCAAGGAUAACAUGGUUGUUGAGUGGAAACCUCCCACCAACAAUGGAGGCAGCCCCAUCAUAGGCUAUCACCUUGAGAGAAAAGAAAAGAACAGCCUUUUGUGGACCAAACUCAAUAAGCUUUUAAUCCCAGAAACACGUUUCAAGACUACAGAGCUAGAAGAAGGUAUUGAGUAUGAAUUCAGAGUUUAUGCUGAGAACAUUGCUGGACUUAGCCCAGCUAGCAAGGUCUCUGAGAGCACAGUAGCCAGGGACCCCUGUGACCCACCAGGCACUCCUGAGGCUAUUAAUAUCACCAGAAAUCUUGUAACACUUCAGUGGACUAGGCCUCAGUAUGAUGGAGGCAGUGCAAUCACUGGCUAUUUGAUCGAGAGGAGGAAGCACCCAGAUACCCGCUGGAUGAAGGCCAGCUUCACCAACAUCAUUGAUACGCAGUACACACUCACUGGCCUGACUGAGGACUGUGUUUAUGAAUUCAGAGUCAUUGCCAGGAACGCUGCUGGCAUUUCCAGCCGUCCCUCUCAGAGCACAGGAGAAAUCACAGCCAAAGAUGAAAUUGUGGCUCCGGAGGCCACUUUGGAUUCUAAAUUCAAGGAUACGACUGUUGUUAAUGCUGGUGAGACUUUUGUCAUUGAUGCUGACUACACUGGCAAGCCUCUACCUGAAGUCAUUUGGUUAAAGGACGGAAAGGAGAUUGACAAAACCACACCAAGAAUGGAGGUCAAGACCACACUUACACGUACCAUCCUAACAGUCAAGGAUUGCAUCAGAGUGGAUGGUGGUCAUUUCACUCUCAAACUUGUCAAUGUGGGAGGAGUCAAAAUGAUCCCAGUUAAUGUUAAAGUUCUGGAUAGACCCGGACCUCCUGAUGGCCCACUAGAAGUCAAGGGGGUCACAGCCGAGAAAUGUUAUCUGCACUGGAGCCAUCCCUCACACGAUGGUGGAGCUGCUAUCUCUCACUACAUUAUUGAGAAGAGAGAGACCAGUCGUUUGUCAUGGACCAUGGUUGAGCCCAAGAUCCAGGCCAUCAGCUACAAAAUCACAAAACUGUUGCCUGGCAAUGAAUACAUCUUCAGAGUCACAGCUGUAAAUAAAUAUGGUGUUGGUGAGCCUUUGGAAUCUGAGCCUGUUAUUGCUCGUAACCCCUUCACCACUCCCAGUGCCCCCUCCACCCCAGAGCCCAGCGCUAUCACAAGGGACUCUAUAGUGCUUACAUGGGAGAGACCAGAGAAUAAUGGAGGAGCUGAGAUUGAAGGAUAUGUCCUUGAAAAACGUGAUAAGGAUGGCAUCAGAUGGACCAAGUGCAACAAGAAGAGGCUGAGUGACCUAAGAUUUAGAUGCGCUGGCCUCACAGAAGGCCACUCUUAUGAAUUCAGGGUCUCGGCUGAAAAUGCUGCUGGUGUGGGAAAGCCUAGCGCACCAUCCGAAUACAUCAAGGCCUGUGAUGCCAUUUAUCCACCAGGUCCUCCAAAUAACCCCAAAGUCACUGACCAUUCGAGCACCACAGUCUCUCUGUCCUGGUCCAGGCCUAUCUACGAUGGCGGAGCACAGAUCAGUGGAUAUGUUGUUGAAAGGAAGGAGGCAGGAGAUGAUGAGUGGAUAUCUUGCACAUCACCCACUGGUGUUCAGACCACUCACUACACAGUAAAGACAUUGAAGGAGAAUGCAGAGUACAACUUCCGCAUCUUUGCUGUUAACUCAGAGGGAGCAGGAGAGCAUGUGGACCUACCUGGUUCUGUGAUUGCUGCAGAAAAGCUGGAGGCUCCUGAAAUUGAACUAGAUGCUGACUUAAGAAAGAUGGUUAAUAUUCGCGCCACUGCCACUUUGCGUCUGUUUGUAACAAUCAGAGGAAAGCCUGAGCCUGAGGUCAGAUGGUCAAAGGCUGAUGGCACUUUGAAUGAGCGUGCCCAGAUUGAGGUCACAAGCUCUUACACAAUGCUUGUGAUUGAGAAUGUUGAUAGAUUUGACACUGGCAAAUAUGUUCUGAACCUUGAGAACCUCAGUGGCUCUAAAUCAGCCUUCAUCAAUGUCAGAGUUCUGGAUUCCCCAAGCGCUCCUACCAACCUGGUAGUUAAGGAUGUGAAGAGAAAUUCUGUCGCUAUCUCCUGGGAGCCCCCUGUGAUCGAUGGUGGGGCUAAGAUAUCACACUAUAUUGUGGAGAAGAGAGAGCAAAAGAGAAUGGCUUUCACCAGUGUUUGCACCAACUGUGUGAGGAACUCGUACAUUAUUUCUGACCUGCAGGAGGGAGGUCGAUUCUAUUUCCGUGUGCUGGCUGUGAAUGAGCUGGGAGUAGGUCUGCCUGCCUUCACAGAUCAAGUCAAGGUGGCUGAGGCUCCUUUGCCUCCUGGGAAGGUUGUCCUGGUUGACGUGACCCGACAUACUGUCACUCUUUCAUGGGAGAAACCUGAUCAUGAUGGAGGCAGCAAGAUUACAAAAUUUAUUGUGGAGAUGCAGCCUAAGGGAGAUGACAAAUGGAACGUGUGCAGUGAAGUAAAAGCACUUGAAGCUACUAUUGGUGGACUUGCAACUGGAGAGGAAUACUCCUUUAGAGUUACUGCUGUAAAUGAUAAGGGCAAGAGUGAUGCCAAGCCUCUUGCUACCCCUGUGGUGGUGAGGGACAUCACGGUCCAGCCCAUCAUCAACCUGUUGUAUGACACAUACAGUGUAAAAGCAGGAGAUGACCUUAAGAUUGACGUUCCUUUCAAAGGCAGACCUCAACCUGACGUGUCUUGGAAGAAGGACGGCCAGGUACUUAAGCAGACAACCAGGGUCAAUGUUCUUAAUUCCAAGACAUCAUCCAAGAUUGUUAUUAAGGAUGCAACCAAAGAGGAUGUAGGAAAGUAUGAGAUUACUUUGACAAACUCAGUUGGGACCAAGACAGCUGAAAUAUUUGUUAUAGUCCUGGACAAACCUGGCCCACCCAGCAACAUUAAGAUGGAUGAAGUGAGUGCUGAUUUCAUCUCUCUGUCUUGGGAUCCACCAACUUAUGAUGGUGGAUGCCAAAUCAACAACUAUGUGGUGGAGAAGAGAGACACAACUACAACUGCAUGGCAGAUUGUCUCAGCCACAGUAGCCAGGACAUCUAUCAAAGUGACACGUCUCACCCAGGGAACAGAGUAUCAGUUCCGUAUUGCAGCUGAGAACCGCUAUGGCAAGAGUUCUGCUAUUGACUCUGCUCCUGUUAUUGCUCAGUAUCCCUUUGAGCCUCCUGGCCCUCCUACCAACGUCCAUGUUUCCCAUGCCACCAAGUAUGGCAUGCUUGUGGUAUGGGGCAGACCUGCCAGUGAUGGUGGCAGCCCUGUAAUUGGUUAUCACAUUGAAUGCAAAGAACAAAGCAGCAUCCUGUGGACCAAGUUCAACAGAGGUCUGCUGACUGAGAACCAGUUUAAGAUGACAGGCACUGAAGAGGGCUUGUUGUAUCAGUUCAGAAUCUAUGCUGAAAAUAUUGCUGGAAUUGGUCCAUGCACUAAACCCAGUGAGCCUGUGGCAGCCAGGGAUCCAUGUGAAUCUCCACAUAAUCUUAGAGUCACCAACAUCACCAGGAACUCAGUUUCCCUCUUUUGGGAGAAGCCAGAGUAUGAUGGUGGAGUAAAGAUAACAGGCUACAUUGUGGAGCGUAGAGAACUUCCCAAUGGCCGUUGGCUUAAGUGCAACUUCACCAACCUGCAAGACACCUACUUCGAUGUCACAGGCCUCACAGAGGAUGUCCAGUAUGACUUCCAUGUCAUUGCUAAGAAUUCUGCUGAGCUGUUGAGUGCUCCCUCAGAGAGCACUGGUCCUAUCACAGUCAAGGAUGAUGUAGACCCUCCCACUAUUAUCCUGGAAGAUAGGCUCAGACAGCCUGUUGUCAUUAAGGCUGGAGAGAUAAUUCGAAUUGAUGCUGAAAUCACAGGCCGUCCACUCCCAGUUGUCUCAUGGUCUAAAGAUGGAAAAGAGAUUGAGGCCAAGGCUAGGUGUGAAAUCACCUCUACCAACUUCACAACCACACUUAUUGUCAGGGAUGCUAUCAGGAGGGACUCUGGCCAGUAUGUCCUUACCCUGCACAAUGUGGCAGGAACCAGGUCUGUGGCUGUCAACUGUAAGGUUCUUGACAGACCUGGGCCUGCCUCAGGACCAUUGGCAGUGUCUGGCCUCACAGCAGAGAAAUGCACCAUAACAUGGGGCCCCCCUCAGGAGAAUGGUGGUGCUGAAAUCAUGCACUACAUUGUUGAGAAACGUGAGACCAGUCGCCUCGCCUGGACCCUUGUCUAUGGUGACAUGAAGGCAACCACCUGUAAAGUGACCAAGCUGCUCAAAGGAAAUGAGUACAUCUUCAGAGUCAGGGGAGUCAACAAAUAUGGGGAUGGUGAGGCCCUGGAGAGUCAGCCAGCAAAGGCAAUGGAUCCAUUCACUGUGCCUGCAGCUCCCACUAAUGUUGAGGUCACCUCAGUUACUAGUGAGGCAAUGACCAUAUGUUGGGAAAGACCAGUUUCUGACGGUGGCAGCAGUAUCUCUGGCUAUGUCAUUGAAAAGCGAGAGAAGACUGGGCUUCGCUGGUGUCGUGUCAAUAAGAAACCUGUUUACGACCUCAGAGUCAAAGCCUCACACCUUCGUGAGGGCUGUGAGUAUGAGUACAGAGUGUUUGCAGAGAACUCUGCUGGCCUUAGUGCUCCCAGCAUCCCUUGCGCACUUGUCAAGGCUGAAGACCCACAAUUCCUGCCUUCACCUCCUGCUAAGCCUAAAAUCAUUGACUCUACAAAGACCACAGUCACCCUGUCAUGGAAUAAGCCACUAUUUGAUGGUGGAGCACCUGUGACUGGUUACAGAGUCAGAUACAGGAAGACUUUAGAUGAUGAAUGGUUUGUUGGAGUCCGGAAUACCACGAACACAGAGUUUACAGUGGUUGGACUGACACCUGGAGCUGAAUAUGUGUUUGUUGUCGAGUCUAUUAACAAGAUUGGAAUCAGCGAGCCCAGUCCUGAGUCAGACAAACAGGUUGCCAAAGAAAAGGAGGAGGAGCCAAUCUUUGACAUCAGCAAUGAGAUGAGGAAGACUCUUAUUGUGAAGGAUGGGAGCUCAUUCACCAUGACAGUGCCAUUUAGAGGCAAACCAAUCCCCAGUGUAACCUGGACAAAGCCUGAUGUUGACCUUAGAGUUCGUGCUGUCAUUGACACAACAGACACCUUCACCUCCAUCACCUUAGAGAAAGCAACUCGCAAUGACUCCGGCAAAUACACUGUGACCUUGUCCAGUGUAUCAGGGACUGCCUCCUUGACACUCAGUGUCAGAGUCUUAGAUUCCCCUGGACCUCCUGCCAGUAUAGAGGUCAAGGAUGUAACCAAGACCUCCGCUACUGUAACCUGGGAUACUCCCGAGAAUGAAGGAGGAGGACCAGUCAAGAACUACCUUAUUGAUAUCCGUGAGGCCAGCAAGAAAGGUUGGACAAGGUUGACUGACACAUGCCACAGACUGACAUACAAGGUGACAGACCUGCAAGAGGGAGGAGUCUACUUCUUCAGAGUGACAGGCGAGAAUGAGUAUGGUGUUGGUGUUUCUGCUGAGACCAAAGAAGGAACCAAGAUUACAGAAAAACCAAGCCCACCACCAAAGCUUGGUGUGACUGAUGUGACCAAGGAGAGUGUGUCCAUAGCCUGGGCCAAACCAGAACAAGACGGAGGCAGCAGAGUCACUGGGUUCCUGGUGGAAGCUCUGGAGAAAGGCCAGGAGAAGUGGUUUAAGUGUGGUGUAACCAAGUUCACACACUUUACAGUGUCUGGUCUGAGAGAGAAUGCUGAGUACUUCUUCAGAGUCAGAGCAGAGAACCUUGCUGGCUUCAGUGAUUAUAAGGAAAUGGUUACCCCUGUUGUGGUCAAAGACCAGCUUGAAUCUCCUGAGAUCAACAUGAAGGACUUCCCCCACAACACAGUGUAUGUCAGAGCUGGCUCCACCCUUAAAUGUGAGAUCCCACUGACAGGCCGGCCUUUGCCUAAAGUCUCCCUGUCCAAGGAUAAUGUGCUGCUCAAGUCAACAAUGAGGUUCAACGCUGAAGUUACCCCUGACAGCAUCAAGAUCACAUUGCGUGAGAGCAAUGCUGGAGACUCAGGACGCUACGAUAUCACUGCCUCCAAUUCUAGUGGAACCACUAAAUCCUUUAUAAAUAUUAUCGUUUUGGACCGCCCCAGUGCCCCUGUUGGACCUGUGGAGCUGUUUGAUGUUACAGAAGACAGCGUUAGCCUUACGUGGCUCCCACCGGCAUAUGAAGGUGGUAGUCCCAUCACAAAUUACAUCAUCCAGAAGAGAGAGACAACCACAGCCAACUGGAUGGAUGUAUCUUCUGCUGUGGCCCGCUGCACCAUGAAGAUCAUGAAGCUGACCACGGGCCUGGAGUACCAGUUCAGAAUCAGAGCUGAGAACAGAUAUGGAAUUAGCGAGCACCUCGACUCACCAACUGUUGCUGUCAACCUUCCUUACACUAUUCCUGAAGCUCCAUCAACUCCAGAGAUUACUGCUGUAACCAGGGAGAGCAUCACUGUAGCCUGGAAGGAGCCUAAGUCAGAUGGUGGCAGCCAUGUGUUUGGUUACCAUCUCCAGAUGAAAGACAAGAACAGCAUACUUUGGCAGAGAGUCAACAAAAUGGUGAUCCGUGCUACACACUUCAAGGUCACCAGCAUCAGUCCUGGACUUAUUUAUGAGUUCAAGGUUGCAGCAGAGAACGCUGCUGGAAUCAGUGCCUUUAGCAAAGUUUCUGAUGCAGUGCUGGCUAUUGAUGCCUGUGAGCCACCGGUCAAUUUGCGCAUUAGCGACAUCACCAAGAACUCCAUAAGUCUGGCCUGGGAAAAGCCUAUCUAUGACGGAGGAUCCCCAAUCACUGGUUACAUCAUUGAGAAGAGAGAGGGUGUUAGUGCUAAGUGGUCCAAGGCUAACAUCACCAAUGUCACAGACACCCGCUUUGCUGUGACUGGCCUAAUCCAGGACGAGUCAUAUGAGUUUAGAGUCAUGGCCAAAAAUGCUGUUGGCUCAGUGAGCAACCCAUCUAUGACUGCUGGGCCAGCCAGAUGCGUGGACACCUACGGUGCCCCAGAGAUUGACAUACCUCAAGAGUACUUCAGCGAGGUCAAGUACUUGGCUGAGUCUAAUGUGGAGCUCAAGUUCAAUAUCAAAGCCAAACCUGCUCCUACAAUUGAGUGGUUUAAGGAUGGCAGAGAGCUUGAGCCUACUGCCCAGCUCACUUUCAAACACACAUUCGAGUCCACCAGUUUGUUCCUGAGGGAAACCACUCGUCUGAACUCUGGAACAUAUGAGGUCAAGGUGAAGAACUCCCUGGGAUCUGCAUGUGCCGUUGUCAGGCUGCUCAUUCAAGACAAGCCAGGCCCUCCUGCUGGAGAGAUUCAGUUUAAGAAGGUCACAGCCAGCAACAUCACUAUCAUGUGGUCCCCGCCUGCUGAUGAGGGUGGUGCCAUGGUAACGCAUUAUAUUGUGGAAAAGAGGGAGACCAGCAGGGUCAUGUGGUCCGUUGUCUCAGAGAAAAUGGUCGACUGCAUUGUUAACGUACCCAGACUCAUCCAGGGCAAUGAGUACAUCUUCAGAGUUCGUGGAGUCAACAAGUAUGGCAUCGGAGACCCACUGGAGUCUGAACCCAUAAUUGCAAAGAACGCAUUCGUUCCUCCUAGUGAGCCAUCCAAGCCUAAAGUGACCAUGAUCACCAAGUCCACUAUGACAGUGAUCUGGGAAAGACCAGCACUGGAUGGAGGCAGUGACAUUGAUGGCUACUACCUAGAGAAGAGGGAGAAGAAGAGUCUGCAGUGGUUCAAGGUGGUGAAGGGCACCAUCAGAGACACAAGGCAGAAAGUCACCAACCUGGUGGAGAACAAUGAGUACCAAUACAGAGUUUGUGCUGUUAACAAGGCUGGAGCAGGAAAGUACUCUGAGGCCUCUGAUCUCUACAAGGCCUAUGACCCCAUCGAUCUGCCUGGAGAGCCAUCUAAGCUGCGUGUAGUCGACUCUACAAAGACCUCCAUUACCCUUGGCUGGGAAAAGCCUGUCUAUGAUGGUGGCAGUGAAAUCACACACUACAUUUUAGACCAGAUGAAUGUAGAGGACAAAGAAUGGGUGACCAUCAACCCACAGGUCACAACCUGUGAGUAUGUGGUGUCUCACCUCAAACCUGGAACCUACUACUUCUUCAGAGUCUCUGCUGUCAACUGCAAGGGCAAAGGAGAAGACAUCAAGAUGUAUCAGCCUGUGCAAGCCAAGGAUAUCUUGGAGGAGGCUGAUUUGGACUUGGAUGUUCCCAUGACAACCCAGUACACAGCCAGGGCCGGCCGUGAUGUAGAAGUGUUUAUUCCCCUGAAGGGACGCCCCACCCCCAAUGUCACCUGGCGCCGUGGUGACCGCAACAUUGCUGGUGACAACCGCUACACCAUCACUAGCACUGAGCGAGCCACCACACUCCUCAUCCCGAAGGUCACCCGCGAUGACCGCGGCAAGUACCUGCUGGAGAUUGAGAAUGGCGUGGGAGAGCCCAAGAUAAUUAUCGUUUCCCUAAAGGUUCUGGACAGUCCAGCCAUCUGCCAGAAACUGAUGGUCAAGAACGUGACAAGGGGGAAGUUGACUCUCAGCUGGGAGGCUCCUCUCAUCGAAGGCGGUUCCUCUGUCACCAAUUACAUUGUUGAGAAGAAGGCUUCCACCAUGAAGGCUUACCAGGUGAUCACUGCCGAGUGUCCUAACACAACUUACAAGGUGACGGGCCUGGAGGAGGAUGUGGCUUACUUCUUCCGUGUAUCUGCUGAAAAUGAGUACGGUGUGGGCGACACCUGCGAAACUGCUGAGCCUGUAAGAGCCACUGAAACUCCUGGAGCAGUUAAAAACCUGGUGAUGGCGGACUCUACAAAGAACUCUGUUACCUUGCAGUGGACUAGACCUGACCAUGAUGGUGGCAGCUACAUCACUGAAUACAUCAUUGAGAAGAGAACCGAAGAAGAUCCCACCUGGACUUUGGGAGCAACAUGCAAGCGUUUAAGCUGCGAGGUGACAGGACUCAAGGAGAACGCUAUCAUGGACUUCAGAGUAAUGGCCAAGAAUGAGAAGGGCAACAGUGACUUUUCCCAGAUUGGACCGAUUGUAGUGAAGGACUUUAUCAUUCCACCCGAGGCCAACCUCAGUGACUACCCCAAUGGAGAGCUUGCUGUUCGUAUUGGUCAGAAUAUCCACAUUGAGUUGCCCUUCAAGGGUAAACCAAGACCUGCCAUCAGCUGGCUAAAGGAUAACAUACCUCUGAAGGAAAGUGAUAAGAUUCGCUUCAGGACCACUGACAACAAGACUGCGAUCACAGUCAGAGGAGUUAAGAAGGAGCAUGCUGGCCAGUACACCUUGGUUCUGGAUAACAGAGUCAUCAAGAACUUCUUUGAUAUUAAUGUGAUCACUCUGGGACCCCCCUCAGUGCCUGUUGGUCCCGUACGCUAUGAUGAGAUUAAAGCCCAAAGUAUCAUCAUAUCCUGGGAUGAGCCGAAGGAGGAUGGAGGUGGUGAGAUCACCUGCUACAGCGUGGAGAAACGUGAGGCUUCCCAGGCCGUAUGGAAGAUGGUCUGCUCCAGUGUUGUCAGGACCACAUUCAAGAUUCCCAACCUUGUCAAGGGAACUCACUACCAGUUCAGAGUCCGUGCAGAGAACAAGUAUGGAGUCAGUGAACCCCUCAUCUCCUCAGACGUUGUUGCCCAGCACCAGUACAAACCACCAGGGCCUCCUGGAAAACCAGUAGCCUUCAACGUCACCAGUGAUGGCAUGACCAUCAAGUGGGAGGCCCCCGGCUUUGACGGAGGAUCACCCAUUAUGGGCUAUCAUAUUGAAAAGAAGGACAGGAAUAGCCUCCUGUGGGAGAAAGUGAACUCCACCAUCAUCUCCAACAGAGAGUACAGGAUAAUUAGUCUCUUGGAGGGUCUGGAGUACUCCUUCAGAGUCUAUGCUGAGAACAACGCCGGACUCAGCCCUGUCAGUGAACAGAGCAAACAUGCACUCGCUAUCUCCCCUGUUGAUCCACCUGGCAACCCUGUCUGCAUCGACACAACAAGAGACUCAGUCACCCUGCAAUGGGACAUUCCCAAGAAGGAUGGUGGCAGCAAAAUUGUGGCCUACAGUGUGGAGAGGCGCCAAGGUAGAGGCAAAUGGCUGCGAUGCAACUUCACUGAUAUCUCUGACACCCAGUUCACCGUAACCGGUCUGGCUCCUGGAGACCGAUUCGAGUUUAGAGUCAUUGCCAGGAAUGCCGUAGGCACGGUCAGUCCACCAUCCAACUCCUCUGGAUACAUUAUGACCAAGGAUGAGAGCAUUCCUCCGGAUGUCAUAUGGUCUCCAGACCAGGUGCUCACCCUGAGGGCUGGUGAGAACAUUAAGCUCAACUGCAGCAUCACUGGACGUCCCGUCCCCCAGAUUAUCUGGUACAAGGAUGGCAAAGAGAUUGACAAAAGGACCAUGUUUGACAUCGAGAUCACCACCGGCAUUGGCACCAGCAGUGUAUUUGUUCGUGAUGCUGACAGAAACCACCGUGGAAUCUACACCAUAGAGGCCAAGAACAGCUCUGGUACCAGGAAGGCUGAAGUCAACGUCAGAGUACAAGAUACCCCUGGACCUGUUGAGGGUCCCAUCCGUUUCACGGGUAUCACAGCUGAUAAGUGCACCGUUUGGUGGAACCCGCCAGAGAACGAUGGCUGUGCUGCCAUUACCCACUAUGUGGUGGAGAAGAGGGAGACAUCCAGGAUCACCUGGGCCUUGGUCACCUCCAAAUGCGAGGCCUGUUCUUACAAUGCCACCAACCUCAUCAAAGGGAAUGAAUACCAGUUCAGAAUCUCUGCUGUCAACAAGUUUGGUGUUGGCAAACCACUGGACUCUGAUCCCUUCAUUGCACAGAUGCAGUACACUGUGCCUGAUGCCCCAGGUACCCCAGAUGCCACCCAUGUAACUGGAAACAGCAUCACCGUGUGUUGGACCAGACCACGGUCAGAUGGAGGCAAUGAGAUCAAACACUACAUUCUGGAGAGGAGAGAGAAGAAGAGCCUGGUUUGGGUGAAGGUUUCCUCCAAGAGACCCAUCACAGAGCUAAGACACCGUGUCACCAACCUCACUGAGGGCAAUGAGUAUGAGUUCCGCGUAAUGGCUGAAAAUGGCGCUGGCAUCGGACCGGCCAGCAGUACCUCCAGGCUCUUCAAAUGUAGAGAACCAACCAGUGCUCCCAGUAACCCCACAUUAGUCAAGGUCACUGACUCCACCAAGACCUCUGUCAGCCUGACAUGGACCAAGCCAGUCUUCGAUGGCGGUCUGGAAAUAAUUGGCUACAAUAUCGAUAUGUGUAAGGCCAGUCUGGAGGAGUGGCACAGAGUAAACAGCCAGAUUUGCAUCCACACCAGCUACACCGUGAAGGGCUUGGUUCCUGGAGAGUUCUACAAGUUCAGGGUCAGUGCUGUGAAUGGAUGCGGAGAGAGCGAACCUUCAGUGAUGCCCAGUGCUGUUCAAGCUCUGGACAGACUUACACUACCUGAGAUCGACAUUGCUCCCAAAUUCAAGCAGACUCACAUCGUAAAGAAUGGUGGAACAGUUGUCCUCCAUAUUGCCUUCCGCGGCAAGCCAGCUCCUGUUGCCACCUGGUCUAAGGUGGAUGGUGAGCUGCCUGUCAUGGCUGAUGUUAACACCACUGAUUCCUCCUCUACACUAACCAUUGAGGGCUGCACUAGGUAUGAAGCUGGCAAAUACACCCUUUCCCUGGAGAACAACAGCGGACAAAAGUCCAUCACAUUCACUGUCAAAGUGCUGGACACUCCCGGGCCUCCAGGAGCUAUCACCUUCAAAGAUGUUACCCGUGGAGCCUUGACAGUUAUGUGGGAUGCCCCCACUAAUGAUGGUGGAUCCCGAAUCCACCACUACAUUGUGGACAAGCGCGAAGCCAGCCGCCUGGCCUGGCAGGAGGUCAGCAGCAAGUCCUCUCGCCAGACACUCAGGGUCACUGGUCUGGAGAUUGGUGUGCCAUAUCUGUUUAGGGUGACUGCUGUUAACCAGUAUGGCCAGGGAGAACCACACGAGAUGACAGAGCCCGUCAUUGCCACAGAAGAACCCGCACCACCCAAGAGACUGGAUGUUGUCGACACCACAAACUCCUCUGCCUCCCUGGUGUGGCUGAAGCCCGAGCAUGAUGGAGGCAGCCGCAUCAGAGGCUACAUUGUUGAAUUCAGAGCUAAAGGCACUGACCGUUGGGUUUUUGGUGGAGAGACCAAAUCCCAGAAGAUGCUAUUGGAGGGUCUGAUUGAGAACACAGAGUAUGACUUCAGAGUCAAGGCCAAGAAUGACGCUGGAAUCAGCGAACCUCAGGGCACAUUCAGCUCUGUGGUCAUUAAGGAGCCUCGCAUCGAGCCAACUGCUGACCUCAGCAGCAUCACCAACCAGCUCAUCAUCUGCAAGCUCUCCAACACCUUUACAAUCAACAUCCCCAUCAGUGGCAGGCCUGCACCCAAGAUCACCUGGAAGCUGGAGGAAAUGAAGCUAAAGGAGUCUGACAGAGUUGUCAUCAGAUCCACAAAAGAGGAAACCACUUUGAUGGUGAGAGAUAGCAAGAGAAGCGACAGCGGCAAGUACUACCUGAUCCUGGAGAAUACUGCUGGUGUGAAGACUUUCACAGUGACAGUGGUUGUUGUUGGCAGACCAAGUCCACCCACAGGCCCUGUGGAGAUUUCUGGAGUCUCCUCAGAGUCCUGCUCUCUGUCCUGGUCCGAGCCAGCUGAUGAUGGUGGCUCUGAAAUUACGAACUACAUCGUGGAAAAACGAGAGUCUGGCUCUGCCUCUUGGCAAGUAGUAAACUCCAGUGUGAAGAGAACCACCAUCAAAGUGACUCACCUUACCAAGUAUAUGGAGUACACCUUCAGAGUGUGCGCUGAGAACAAAUUCGGAGUCAGCAAGUCCAUUGAGUCUGCUGCUGUUGUCAUUGAGCAUCCAUAUGUUCCUCCGAGUCCUCCAACUCGCCCAGAUGUGGUGUCUGUAUCUGCUAAUGCCAUCAACAUCAAAUGGGACCUGCCAUAUGCCGACGGUGGCAGCAAGGUGACAGGCUACUGGAUUGAGAAGAAGGAGAGAAACACCAUCCUGUGGGUGAGGGAGAACAAACUGCCCUGCCUGGAUUGCCAGUACAAGGUGUCCAACCUGAUUGAGGGCCUGGAGUACCAGUUCAGGGUCUACGCCAUGAACAUUGCCGGACUCAGCAAGGCCAGCGAGGCUUCCAGACCUGUGGUGGCACUCAAUCCUGUUGAUCCUCCUGGUAAACCCGAGGUGACCGACAUCACCCGCUCCUCUGUGUCGUUGUGCUGGACCGUGCCAUUCAACGAUGGCGGCAGCAAGAUUGUUGGUUAUGUGGUGGAGAGAAAAGUCUACAGUACAGAUGAGUGGGAUGACAAUCGCUGGCUCAAGUGCAACUACACAACUAUCAGCGAGAACUACUUCACCGUCAGCAACCUGGGAGAGGGAGAGACCUACGAAUACCGUGUCAUUGCCAAGAAUGCUGCCGGUGUCCACAGUGCACCCUCUGAGGUCACUGGACCGGUCACAUGCAAGGAUGAAUACUCUCCUCCAAAAGCUGAGCUGGACAGCAAGCUGGUGGGCGAGACCGUCACCGUCAUGGCUGGCUCCGACCUGGUCCUGGAUGGCACUGUGGGCGGCAAACCAGAGCCUACAGUAUACUGGUCAAAGGGCGACAAGAUUUUGGAGCUUGGAGAGAAGUACUCACUGACCUACACUGCCACCAGAGCCAUGGCUGUUAUCAAGAACUGUGACAGAUACGACACAGGCAGAUACAUCCUGACCGUCAAGAACGCCAGUGGAACCAAAACUGCUGCUGUCAGCGUCAAAGUUCUGGACACUCCUGGAGCCCCGGCUGAUAAGCUUGUGAUCAGCAGAGUGACAGAGGAGAAGUGUACAGUGUCCUGGAAGAUCCCUCUGGAGGACGGUGGAGACAGCGUCACCCAUUAUAUCGUGGAGCGUCGCGAGACCAGCCGCCUCAACUGGGUUGCUAUGGAGACCGAGUGCAAGACACUGUCGUGCGUCAGCACCAGGCUAAUCAAGAACAAUGAAUAUAUCUUCAGAGUUAGAGGAGUCAACAAGUACGGGCCUGGAGUUCCUCUGGAAUCCGAGCCUGUCAUUGCCAGGAACGCCUACACCAUCACAUCCCAGCCGGGCACUCCAGAGGCUACAGCAGUCGGCAAGGAGCAUGUCAUCAUUGAGUGGCUGAAGCCCGAGAGUGACGGAGGUAGCGAGAUCAAAACCUACUUAGUAGACAAACGAGAGAAAAGCAGUACCAGGUGGACUCGGGUGAAUAAGAAUUACACCAUCUAUGACACCCGUCUGAAGAUCUCCGGCCUGCUGGAGGGAAGCGAGUACCAGUUCAGAGUGACAGCUGUCAACGCUGCCGGAGACAGCCAUCCAAGUGAUGCCUCGGCAUACAUCCUCUGCAAAGACCCCACAUAUACCCCAGCUCCUCCAUCAGUACCUCGUAUCACUGACACAACCAAGCACAGCAUCAGCAUGACCUGGACCAGGCCCAUGUACGACGGCGGCUCAGACGUCACCGGCUACUUUGUGGAGAUCCUAGAGGAGGGCUCUGAGCAGUGGUACCGUGCCAACGCCAAAGCCAUCAAGAACACAGAGUAUGUGGCCGCCGGCCUGGCAGCCAAUAAGAAGUACAGAUUCAGAGUAGCUGCUGUCAACGACAAAGGCACUGGCGAGUUCAGUGAACCUAGUGCCGAGGUUGAGCCUCUGGAGAAAGUUGAAAUGCCAGACCUGGAGCUGCACGAUGACCUGAAGAAAACGGUGUGUUUGCGCGCUGGAGGAACCCUGCGUUUGAUUGUAUUUGUCUCUGGCCGGCCGUUACCAGUAGUUGCUUGGAGGAAGACAGGCGUGGAGCUGCAGAGCCGCGGCUACAUUGAGACCACCGACAGCUACACCUCACUGAUGGUGGAGAAGGUCAACCGCUACGACUCUGGAAAAUACGUUGUGGAGGCAGAGAACCCAUCCGGCAAGAAAACUGCCACCAUCCUGGUUAAGGUCUACGACACUCCUGGUCCUCCAAGUUCUGUGAACGUGAAGGACUACACCAAGGAGUCUGUCGUGAUCACCUGGGACGUCCCAAGCAUUGAUGGUGGUGCUCAUGUCAGCAACUACAUCAUAGAUAAGCGUGAAGCCAACAUGAAGUCAUACAAGACCGUCACCACUGAGUGUAGGAAGACCCUGUUCAGGAUCUCUGGUCUGGAGGAGGGAGUGCACUACUUCUUCAGAGUCCUGCCAGAGAACAUAUAUGGUGUUGGCGAGCCCUGUGAGACAUCCGAGGCUGUGCUGGUGUGCGAUGUGCCGUCAGUGCCUCAGAACCUCCAGAUCAUUGAUGUCACCAAGUCCUCAGUCACUCUGCACUGGGAGAAGUCACUAUACGAUGGUGGCAGCAGGCUGUCAGGAUAUAUCAUCGAGGCAUGCAAGGCAGGCUCGGACAGGUGGAGUACCGUCGCAACAGUCAAAGCCUCAGUGACCCAGCACACCAUCCAGUCUCUGACGGAGAACGACCAGUACCUUUUCAGACUGCGAGCCACCAACAGCAGGGGAGCCAGCGAGCCCAUGGACACUGUCACCCCGGUCACCAUCCAGGAUAUCAAGGUGAUGCCCAAGAUCGACAUGACCAGCAUUCCUCAGAAGAUCGUCCAUGUGCACCGUGGCAAACCCAUUGACCUCAACAUCCCCAUAAGGGCCAAACCACAGCCAGUCUGCUCCUGGUUCUUUGGUGGUGUCAAACUGAAGGACACCCUGGACCGCAUCAAGAUUGACAGCAACGGAAAAUACACUCACCUCGUCAUCCGUGAGACCACCAUCAACGACACAGGAGACUACACGCUUGAGGUGAAGAAUGCCAUUGGCAUGGCAACCGAGGUCAUCAAGGUCAUCAUUCUGGACAAACCUGGCAUCCCAGUUGGUCCAGUGAAGAUCGAGGAGAAUGACGGCGUAUCGGUCACAAUCAGCUGGGAACCCCCAGAGAAGGACGGUGGUGCCAACGUCAGCGGCUAUGUGGUGGAACAGCGCGAUGCCCACCGCCCAGGCUGGGUCACCAUCUCAGAGUCUGUGACCCGACCCUGCUUCAAGUUCACCAGACUCACUGAGGGAACCGAGUACGUGUUCCGUGUUGCAGCCAUGAAUCGCUUUGGUGUUGGUGGCUUCCUGCAGUCAGAGGUGGUAGAGUGCAAGAGCGAAAAGACCAUCCCUGGACCUCCCAGCAAGCCAGAGGUGCUUGAUGUCACUCACGAGGGCAUGACCCUGACCUGGCAACCACCCGUGGACAAUGGUGGCUCCACCAUUGCUGGCUAUAUCAUUGAGCGUAAGGAGGCCCGUUCUGACAGGUGGCUGAAGAUCAACAAGAACCUUGUCACCAUGACCAGGUACCGCUCCUCUGGUCUGAUUGAGGGCCUGGAGUAUGAACAUCGUAUCACUGCCGUCAACUCCAGAGGAGCCGGCAAACCCAGCGAGAGCUCUGCCAUCACUGUUGCCAUGGAUCCCAUUGAGCCUCCAGGUCCUCCAGUUCAGCCCAGAGUCACCGACACCACCAGGUCUUCAGUAUCUCUGGCCUGGCUGCCACCCGAAGAGGAGGGUGGUUCUAUUGUUACUGGGUACUUUAUCGAGAUGCAGAAGGUGGACCAGGUGGAAUGGACGCUGUGCAACACCACGCCCACAAAGAUGUGCGAGUACACCCUCACUCACAUGCCCCAGGGUGCUGAGUACAAGUUCAGGAUCAUUGCCUGCAAUGCUGGUGGUUCUGGGGAGUCCGCUGAGAUUCCUGGAGUGGUUAAAGUCCAGGAGAUGCUUGAUUAUCCCGACUACGUGCUUGAUCGUAAAUACGAGGAGGGCUAUGUGGUGCGGCAGGGCGGAGUCGUUCGUCUGUCUGUGCCCAUCAAGGGUAAACCUAUCCCUACAUGCAAGUGGACCAAGGACGGUCGUGACAUCUCUCAUCGGGCCAUGAUCGCCACCCAUGAUGACAUCACCGAGCUGGUCAUCAAAGAGGCACACAAAGACGACACUGGUACCUAUGACCUGGUGCUGGAGAACAAAUGCGGCAGGAAGGCCGUGUACAUCAAGGUGAAGGUGAUUGGUCGCCCUGAUGCCCCAGAGGGCCCUCUGGAGUUUGAUGACAUUCAGGUCAGAUCAGUGCGGGUCAGCUGGAGGCCACCAUCAGAUGAUGGCGGCUCCGACAUUCUGGGAUACAUUGUGGAAAGAAGGGAGGUACCCAAGGCUGCCUGGUACACAGUCGACUCCAGGGUAACUGAGAGUUCUCUGGUGGUGAAGGGUCUGAAGGAGAAUGUGCAGUACCACUUCAGGGUUUCUGCCGAAAACCAGUUUGGCAUUAGCAGAUCUCUCAAGUCUGAUGAGGCUGUCACACCAAAAACGCCACUUUGCGCACCAGAACCUCCCGGCAACCCACCAGAGAUUAUGGACGUGACCAAGACCACGGUGUCUCUGUCCUGGGCCCGGCCCCGGGAUGAUGGAGGCUCCCGCGUCACGGGAUACUAUGUGGAGAGGAGAGAGGUUUCGACAGAGAAGUGGGUCCGACACAACAAGACCCACAUCACCACCACUAUGUACAAUGUCACCGGUCUCAUCCCUGAUGCUGAGUACAUGUUCAGAGUGGUGGCUCAGAAUGACAUCGGGCAGAGCGAGCCUGGUCCUGCCUCAGAGUCUGUGGUCUGCAAAGAUCCAUUUGACAAACCCAGCCAACCAGGGGAGAUCGACAUCAUCUCCAUCACCAAGGACUCCAUCACCAUCCACUGGCUCAGGCCAGAGCAUGACGGCGGCAAGGAGAUUCUGGGCUACUGGAUUGAGUUCAGGCAGGCUGGAGAAAGUGCCUGGAAAAAAUGUAACAAAGAGCGCUCCAAGGAUCGUCAGUUCACCAUGGGCGGGUUGAUGGAGGCCACCGAGUACGAGUUCAGAAUCUUUGCUGAGAAUGAGACUGGACUGAGCCGACCUCGCCGCACACCCAUGGGCAUCAAGACCAAACUGAGCGUUGGUGAGGCUCCAGCUUUGAAGGAAGAGAUCCAAGAUGUAACCACCAAGCUUGGCGAGUCCGGUACCCUCACCUGUGGCAUCAUUGGAAGACCUCUGCCUGAGAUCAAGUGGUACCGCUACGGUAAAGAGCUGAUCCAGAGCCGUAAGUACAAGAUGAGCUCAGAUGGCCGCAACCACUCCCUGAGCAUCCUGACAGACGAGCAGGAAGAUGAGGGCCUGUACACCUGCAGGGCCAUCAACGAAGCCGGAGAGAUCGAGACCAGUGGCAAACUGCGUCUGCAGGCGCCGCCGCAGUUCCACCCUGGCUUCCCUCUGAAGGAGAAGUACUACGCUGGAGCUGGCACCAGCCUCCGUCUCCAUGUUGUCUACAUUGGACGUCCCAUCCCCCAGAUCAUGUGGUUCUAUGGCAAGAAGCCUCUGAACGCAUCCGAGAAUGUAAUUAUUGAAAACACCGAAAGCUACACCCACCUGGUGGUGAGGAACGCCCAGAGGAAGACCAACGCUGGUCGCUACAAGGUGCAGCUCAGCAAUGUAUUUGGAACCAUCGACACUGUGCUCCGUGUUGAAAUCCAAGAUAAACCAUGCGCUCCUGAGGGCCCUGUUAUUGUUGAGGCUCUGCUGAAGAGCUCGGUUGUCAUCAGCUGGAAGACACCCAAGGACGAUGGAGGCUCCAUGAUUACCAACUACAUUGUGGAGAAACGCGAGGCCAAAGAAGGCGAGCAGUGGCACCUGGUGUCCUCCUCCGUUUCUGGCACCACAUGCCGUGUCCCCAACCUGACUGAGAAUGCCGGCUACUACUUCAGAGUCUCUGCCCAGAACCAAUAUGGAGUCAGUGAGUCCCUGGAGAUCCCAUCGGUGGUCAUCAUCAAGAGUCCAUUUGAAAAACCUGGCAUCCCACAACAGCCCUUCAUCAUCAGCUCCUCCAAGGACUCCUGUGUCGUCUGCUGGAAACCUCCAACCAGCGACGGUGGAGCUAAAAUCACCGGCUACUACCUGGAGAAACGUGAGAAGAAGCAGAACAAGUGGAUGUCAGUAACCAGUAAGAAGAUUGCCGAGACCAGCUUUGAGGUCAAAGCCUUGAUCGAGGGCUUUGAGUAUGAGUUCCGCGUCAAGUGUGAGAACAUGGGCGGUGAGAGCGACUGGAGUGAGAUUUCAGCACCUGUCAUCCCCAAGUCUGACCAGGCUCCUCGUGCUCCCGCGUUCAGGGAGGAGAUCAGGGACAUGACCAUCAAAUACCACAACAAUGCCACCUUUGUCACCAAGGUGAUGGGACAUCCAAAACCUUUGGUGAAAUGGUACCGCAAUGGAAAGGAGAUCCAGGCAGAUGGAGCCAAGAUCAAAGCCUUGGAGUUCAAGGGAGGCUACUACCAGCUGAUCAUCACUGCCGCUGAUGAGAAUGAUGCCGCAGUUUACCAAGUCAGAGCAACCAACCCCUCAGGGUCCAUCUCUACAACGGCCAACCUUGAGGUUGAAGUUCCUGCUAGGAUCCACCUGCCUGAGGAGCUUCAGGGAAUGGGAGCAGUCCAUGCUGUCUGUGGUGAGCGCAUCACCAUCAAGAUCCCCAUCUCUGGCAAGCCUGAGCCAGCAGUCGUUUGGCAGAAGGGUCAGGAGAUCCUCUCCAACUCUCCUCGUUACCAGGUCAUCACCACCAGAUCUUUCACCUCUCUGGUGUUCAUGAAGGGAAUGGAGAGGAAGGAUACUGGCUACUACAUCAUUACAGCAAAGAACAGGUUUGGUACAGACAAGCAAACCAUUGAGGUGAACGUUGCUGACAUACCUGAUGCUCCAAAGGGACUGGUUGUCAGUGACAUUGCUCGGGACUCCAUCACCUUGACCUGGGAACCCCCUGCCAGUGAUGGUGGAAGUGACAUCAUUAGCUACAUUGUGGAGAAGUGUCCCACCACUGCUGACAGGUGGAUCCGAGCUGGACAGACCACUGACUGCAGCAUCACCAUCAUCAACAUAUUUGGAAAGACCAAGUACCAGUUCCGCGUCAUUGCCGAAAACCAGUUUGGCCUGAGCCAUCCUUCUGAGCCAACUGAGCCCAUCACCACAAAGGAGGACAAGUCUGUGAUUAGGAAUUAUGAUGAGGAAGUGGACGAAGCCAGAGAGGUCACCAAGGAGGAGGCUCUGUUCUACAAGGUGAAGGAGCUGUCCUCCAAGUACAUCAUCUCUGAGGAACUCUCUCGCUGCCAGUUUGGAGUGGUCCACCGCUGCACGGAGAUUGCCACAAAGAAGACCUUCAUGGCCAAGUUCAUCAAGGUCAGAGGAACCGACCGUGAGUUGGUUCUCAGAGAAAUUGAGGCCCUUAACAUAGCAAGGCACAAGAAUAUCAUCUAUCUACAUGAAUACUUUGAAAGCAUGGAGGAGAUUAUCCUCAUCUUUGAAUUCAUUUCUGGAGUUGACAUCUUUGAGCGCCUUGGCACGAGCAACUUCGAGCUGACAGAGCAGGAGAUUGUCCGGUACCUGAGACAAGUCUGCUCUGCCCUCAAGUUCUUGCAUAGCCACAACUUCGGCCACUUUGAUAUCCGCCCAGACAACAUUGUCUACACCACCAGGAAAAGCACCACCAUAAAGAUUAUUGAGAUGGGCCAGGCUAGGCUGCUGGUGCCAGGAGAAAACAUCAGAAUGCUGUUCUCAGCUCCCGAGUACUGUGGCCCUGAGGUCCACCGUCAUGACCUGGUCACAACAGCCACUGAUAUGUGGUCUGUUGGCGUAAUGGCCUACGUUUUGCUUAGUGGCCUUAAUCCAUUUGCGGCAGAGUCCACUACAAAGAUGAUUGAGAACAUCUCCAACUGUGAGUACAUCUUUGACAGUGAAGCAUUCAAGGACAUCAGCUUGGAAGCUAUGGACUUUAUAGACAGACUUUUAGUCAAGGACAUGAAGCUCCGUAUGACAGCCCACGAGGCUCUGGAGCACCCAUGGCUCAAGAUGAAGAUUGAGCAUGUCAGCAACAAGAUCAUUAGGACACUGAGACACAGAAGGUACUACCAGACUCUGGUAAAGAGGGUAGAUACUAUUGUAUCAUCAGCUCGUGUGGCCUACGGUGGCGCCUUCAAGAACCAGAGAGGAUUGGCUGUGGGUAGAGUGAAGAUUGGAACUGAGUACCAUGGCCUUCGCAGUGGUCCAGUCAUGCAUGGUUCAGCUGAAGAAGGUGGCCAUGUCAGAUUUACUUGUAGCAUCACCAACUUUGACAAGAGUACACAGGUGACAUGGUAUCACGGUACCCGUCAGCUACAUGCAAGCGCCAAGUAUGAAAUCACUUACAGCAAUGGUUUUGCCAGCAUCUAUGUAAAGGACAUUGAAGAGAGUGAUGAUGGUGUGUACAGGUGCAAGGUGGUGAGUGACGAUGGAGAGGACAGUGCUUAUGGAGAGCUCUUUGUUGAGACAGUGAGGAGCAUCAGAGAGUACUACCUUAGUCGCACCAUCAAGAAACUGAGGAAGAGAGUCGACAAGACGAAACUCCUGCAGAGACCACCAGAGUUCACUUUGCCUCUCUACAAUCGCUCUGCCUACAUCGGUGAAGAUGUGCGCUUUGGUGUCACCAUUACCGUGCACCCGGAGCCUCAUGUCACAUGGCUCAAGAAUGGAGAGAAAAUCAAGCCAGGUGAAGAUGACACCAAGUACACGUUCACCAGCGAUAAGGGUCUUUACCAGCUGAUGAUCCACAACCUGGACUUAAGUGAUGAUGCAGAAUACACCGUCAUGGCUCACAACAAGUUUGGAGAAGACAGCUGCACAGCCCGUCUCACUGUGACACCUCAUCCUGUAAUGGAGGAAACUAUGAGGCCCAUGUUCAAACGCCUGCUGGCUAAUGUUGACUGUGUUGAGGGACAUAGUGUCCACUUCGAGCUCAGAGUCUCAGGAGUCCCCACUCCCACUCUGAAAUGGGAGAAGGACAGUCAUCCACUUCAGUUUGGUCCAAAGGUCGUUGUCAUACAGGAGGACGUUGACCACUAUGUCCUGUACAUCAGAGAUACUCUGCUCGAGGACUCUGGUGUGUACAAGGUGACAGCAACCAACUCUGCUGGCUCUGCAAGCUGCCAGGCUACACUGCAGGUGGACCGCCUCACCUACACCAGGAGAGAGUACAAGAGCGAGGAGGAGAAAUACCUACACGUACAGAAACAAAUUGAAAAGACCAACAAGAUGGCUCAGCAUAUUGUUGCCACUAAGGAGCUUGUACCUCUAAACCCCACAGCUCAGGAGGCACUUAACUUUGCUGCAGAGAUGUACAAGCCUGCAGUGAGCACCAAGAACGUUGAGGGUGAGUUCGACAUCACAGUUGAGAAGACUGAGACUAAGAGGCUGGAGGAGGAGAGGAGGAUCUUUAUGCCAUAUGAGAUCCCUGAGCCUGUGGUUCAUGAUCCUAGAGCCCUGGAUGAGGACAAAACUAUCAAACAGUUUGUGGCUCUGUCCGACAUGAAGUGGUAUAGAAAACUGAGAGACCAGUAUGAGAUUCCAGAGAGGAUGGAGAGGAUUGUGCAGAAGAGGCAGAGACGUAUUCGUCUGUCCAGGUGGGAGCAGUUCUACGUCAUGCCCCUCCCGAGAAUCACUGACCAGUACAGGCCAAGGUGGCGUAUUCCAAAACUCACUCUGGAUGACUUGGAGACUGUUAGGCCUGCUCGCCGUUCACCUUCUCCUGAAUCUGAGAUCUCUUACAGAUCCAGAAGGAGAUCAUUGGGAGAUCUUAGUGACGAGGAGCUGCUGAUGCCUGUGGAUGACUAUCUUUCCAUGAGGAGAACAGAGGAAGAGAAAAUGAUGCUGGAGGAUGAACUGGAGCUUGGCUUUUCUGCCUCUCCUACAGGCAGCCCUGUUCGCGUUGAGCGGCGUGCCGUGGAACGUGAAGAGAGAAGGCAGGAGGUCAGACAUGAGGCUGCUGAGGUUACUGAGACAAAGAAGAAACGCACUAUUUCUCAGUACACGAGGAGGCGAAGGUCACUGUCUCCCACAUACAUUGAGCUCAUGCGUCCAGUCUCAGAGCUGAUCAGACCAUCACGGGCCAUGCCUGUGGAAGUAGAGGGAGAGGUUGUUGCAAGAAGGUCUCCCACCCCUGAGAGGACCCGUCCCCGCUCUCCCAGCCCCAUCAGGUCUGUUGAAAGGUCAUCCCGCUCCUCCUCCAGGUUUGAGCGGUCUGCCCGCUUCGACAUCAUGUCCCGCUAUGAGGCCAGAAAGGCUGCUAUAAAGGCUGAGAGGAAAUACCAGGUGGUUACCCAGACACCUUUCAGUCUGGAUCACGCUCCCCGUGUGACUGUUAGGAUGCGCUCUCAUCGUGUACCAAUUGGCCAAGACACGAAAUUCACCCUGAACAUCCAGAGCAAACCAGAGGCCGAGGUCAAGUGGUUCCACAAUGGAACAGAAAUCUCUGAAAGCAGUGAGAAAUAUGUCUUCACCAACAUGAGUGGUGUUUUGUCCAUCACUAUUCUGGACUGCCAUGAGGAGGACAGUGGCACAUACCGCUGUGAAUGCACCAACUCUAGGGGAGAAGCUUCCGACUAUGCCACCCUUGAUGUGGCAGGUGGCGGCUACACCACCUUCUCCUCUCGCCGCAGGGAUGAGGAUGUUCUCAAAGGAUAUGUCCCUGAAGUCACUCGAACUGAUCACUAUCACACCACCCACUUCAAAACUGGCUAUGCUACUCAGACCCAUUUUGAGGUUGAAGAGAGCAAGACUAAGCUAACUGAGACACGUGAGGUUUCCACACGUGAGAGAUACGCUGCCUCCUCUGAGAGGUACUCCUCUGCUGAGAGGUACUCCUCUGCUGAGAGGUACUCCUCUGCUGAGAGGCUUGAUUCAUCUGUCAAGUAUGCAUCUGCCGAAUACCUAUCAUCUGAUUCCUCAUACUCAUCUGAAAAGUUUUCUCUGACUGGGAAACACACCACAACUGAAGCUAAACUGAAGUCGACUUCUGCUGCUGUUGCUGAGGAAGUUGCUGUGCUUAAGGUGAAGCCUUCUCUUCCUGCCAGAAUCCUCACCAAGCCCCAGUCUGUGACAGUUGCAGAGGGAGAGACAGCCAGAUUCUCCUGUGAUAUCGAUGGGGAGCCUGCACCUACUGUAAUAUGGAUGUACGAGGGCAGAACCAUUGUCUCAACUCACCGCAUCCAGGUCACCACCACUCAGUACAAGUCCAGCAUGGAGAUCUCCUCUGUGAUGGCCUCCGAUGAGGGCAGUUACACGGUGGUGGUAGAGAACUCAGCAGGCAGGCAAGAGGCUCACUUCACCUUGACCAUCCGCAGACCAGCUCCCAAAGAGGAGGUCAAGGCUGUCAAAUCCCCUGAGCCAUCUGUAAAGUCACCCACUCCCAGUGUGAAGUCACCAGAGCCUUCAGUCAAAUCGCCUACUCCUUCCGUAACCUCCCCUGUCCCAAGCGUCAAGUCACCUGAGCCUUCAGUUAAAUCACCAGCUCCAAGUGUGAAGUCUCCUGAACCAACGUCUCCUGCUCCCGGUGUGAAGUCACCGACACCAGGUGUGAAGUCACCCACACCAAGUGUGAAAUCUCCUGAACCAGAGGGAAUUAAGUCUCCAAGGAGCAUUAAGUCUCCUGAGCCAGCCGCACCCUCUCCAGCACCCGGUGUCAAAUCACCAGCUCCAGGUGUCAAAUCACCAGCUCCAGGUGUCAAAUCACCAGCUCCAGGUGUCAGAUCUCCCGAACCUGAGGGAGUGAAGUCACCACGGGGUAUAAAAUCUCCAGAACCCAGACUCAAGUCACCUCCACCACCACUCAAGUCUCCAGAGAGUGUGAAGUCACCGGAGCCCGAGGAAGUAAAAUCACCUCGUGGUGUCAAAUCUCCGGAACCUGCAGGACUCAAAACACCAAAAGGUAUCAAAUCUCCAGAACCUGCGGGAAUCAAAACACCAAAAGGUAUCAAGUCCCCAGAACCUGCAGGCAUCAAAUCACCAAGGGCCUUAAAGUCCCCUGAGCCCGAGGGGAUCAAAUCACCUCCUAGGAUGAAGUCCCCUCCUCCUAGCUUGUCCCCCAAGAGGGUUGUGUCUCCACCCACCGUCAAAUCCCCAACCCCGAAACCUCCCAGGGUCCUGAGUCAGCUAACAGCCGAGGCCAGUGAGGGUUCGGUGAGGAUGUCCUGCGUCUGUGAGAGCAGCGUCAGGGAGGUGGUGUGGUACAUCAACGGGAGGAGGCUUUCACAGAGCAGUCGCUUUGAGAUGCACUACUCUGAGGGCUCCUGCAGCCUCCUGAUCCAUGAUUUGGCAGACAGUGAUCAGGGAGAGUACAUCUGUGAGAUGACAUCAGAGGGAGGAGUAUCCAAAUCCUCCUUCUCAUUCACCGGACAGGUGUUCCAGUCCAUACGCAUGAAGGUCAAAGCCUACCGUGAACAGCAAGUGGCACUUAAAGGAUCAAUGGUGAUGAGUCACAAAGAGUCUUCAUCAGCAGUGAGCUCAGCCAUGAUGAUGAAGAAAGAAAUGCACACGAAGGAGGAGUCAACGUCUUUCUCUUCCUCGUCUUCUGCCCAGCAGGCGAUGAUGUCAUCCAUGAUGGAAUCAAGCUCCAUCAGCAGCAUGGCAGCUGAGAUGAAGUUUGAGACCAUGUCCAUGUCCAGCAUGUCCUCCAUGACAUCAGAGACAUACGCCAUGAGCUCCAGCAGUCUGACUGAGAUGUCCUCACACAUGGAGGGAUCCUCGUUCAGAGCGAUCGGUUCUGCUCCCAGGAUCGAGGCUCUGCCGGAGGACAUCAGCAUUGAACCAGGCAAAGUCCUCACAGUCACCUGCGCCUUUUCCGGCGAAGCCAAACACAUCGAGUGGUCCCGCAGCGGCAGAAAGAUCGAGGUGACUGCCGGCGGACGCUUCCACAUUGACACCACGGAAGACCUGACCACUCUCAUCAUCACCGGGGUGAAGGAGGAAGACGCUGGAACCUACACCCUGAAGCUAUCUAAUGAGCUCGGAUCUGACACAGCGACUGUUCACAUCAGCAUUCGAUCAGCAUAAAAGAAAAAGAAAAAAAAAUCUAAUCUUCCUAUCUUCCCCUUUUCCCUACUUCCAUGCCUUUUUAUUUAUUCAUUAAGCAAAAUAAUCGACUUGAUUACGAUCUGGAUUUCUGUUCUUGUAAAUAUGAACUAUUUUUGUACCAAUCUUGACAUUAAUUUAUGCCAAACUAGACUAAAGUCUAAAGGUGUUAUAAAAUGUGCCAUAUUGGAUGACUUAGGAUUUUUGAUCCAUUUUUCUGUGACAUGUACAUAAUGUAUAUAGCCGAAUUUAACGGUUAUGGGAAAUGUAUGCAAUGUUAUUUAUGACAAUAAUAUUAACUGAAACAAAAUGAAACUAAAUGUGGUUUAACAGGAGAAAGUUCCGCUUGGAACGAAUACCCUGUUAAACUGAGAAACUAAACUCUGUGCCUCAACGAUAAGUUGAAGUCUAAGAUUGCCUCAACAGGUAGAGAGGCUCCCUGUUGAUGUUAACUCAAUCAGAGACAAAACUAGAAAUGCACUGCGGUGCUGUUGCAUUGUAACUAAAGCGUGAGAUCCUGAGUGCUGUUUGCAGUUACCCUCAUGUAAGCAGGACGACUGGACCUCACGCUCUGACUGAUUAUGUCAUACUGCCAUUUCGAUGACAUGCUCACAGUGCGAGCGGCCUGCACUCCCUGAGCACAAGUGUUUCUUUUUGUUUUGUGCUCUGCUUCUGGCAAAUGACCACUCGCUCGGGCUCUUCAGUCGUACCAUCAACCUGGCCAAUCACAUGAAAGUAGAGUCCCUCCUGUGCUUGUUUGCAGAGGCAGAGCUGUCUCUUGGAGGUCUGCAGUGUGUUUGUGUGUUAGUUUUUAGGCCUGUCAGUCAAGCUGGGCGCCACCAGGCAGCCGAAACCAACCGCCACUGCCUUCAACGAGGACGAGAAGAAGUGUGGUUGCCCUGCACUUUGUUUUGAUUGAAGUUAGAGUUGUAGCAUUGAUUAUUUUCGCAGCCUCCUUGAGUUUUUCUCCAAUUAUUGAUUUAAUAAAGCAUGAUUAUCAGCACUA